UGAAGACUUUGAGAGUGCCGGCCACCAACAGGACGGGAGGCGACCGUCGAGGGCCGCGCUGCAGCUGUGGCGAACCGGGCCAUGGCCUCCACGGCAAAAAUGAGGGCACUACUCGCCUUAGUAGUUUGGUUAACGCUAGCGACAACAAACGUAUUAUCAUAUAACGGACUCGGCCAUGGAAUCAAACACGAAAUAUUCUUCUUGAACUUGGAAGACGGUUACUUCGGAUGCCAGGUGAAUGAAUCGACCGAUGUGCUGCAACUGUACGAACUGUCCAAGCUCUGCGAUGGAGUACCGGACUGUUUCCAGGCAUCCGACGAGCUGCGGCGCGAGCUAAAGUGUUCAGAUGACUGCGGCCUGCUGCCGGACCACCCGACGUGCCAGGUGAAGUGCCAGAACGGCGCCUGCCUCGACUCCCAGUGCCACUGCAACGACGGCUUUGGAGGCUGCGGCUGCGAAGUUCCAGAUGAGAACGAGUGCAAGUACCGUCCUUGCGACGUGUUCGCACACUGCACAAACACUCUAGGCAGCUUCCACUGUUCCUGUUUCCCUGGGUACACCGGCGAUGGCUUCUCUUGUCAAGAUAUCGACGAGUGCGAGGACCCGGCCAUCAGGGCCCGCUGUGUCGCCAACGCCGAGUGCUGCAACCUGCCGGCACACUUCUUCUGCAAGUGCAACCCGGGCUACGAGGGAGACGGAGAGGUCGAAUGCAGAGAUAUCAAUGAAUGUGAACUGCCUGGUGCUUGCGGAAUCAACACGCACUGUACCAACCUGCCCGGAAACUACACGUGUACUUGUCUGGACGGCUUUGUCGGAAAUCCGUAUGAUGGGUGCGUGCGCCAGGACGAGUGCUCGCUGCCCGGUGCGUGCGGACCCGGCGCGCUGUGCGUAGCGACGCUGGACGGCCACGAGUGCCACUGCCCGCCGGGUUCGGUGGGCGGCGAUCCCUACUCGGAGGGCUGCGCCGGACCCGACGCGUGCGCGCGCAGCCCCUGCGGCCGCGGAGCCAUCUGCACCAACCACGACCUCGGCUUCAGGUGCACCUGUCCGCCCGGCUACGACGGAGACCCCAACGUCGCCUGCCAAGAUGUCAACGAAUGCGAUGACAGCCCUUGUGGCGAGAACGCUAUAUGCACUGACACGGUCGGCAGCUUUAUCUGUACCUGCAAGGAAGACUACACCGGAGACGCUUUCAAGGGCUGCACUGAUAUCAACGAGUGCGUGGCGCUGGACCGCCCGUGCGGCACGAACGCGCUGUGCCAGAACGCGGUGCCGGGCUACACGUGCGUGUGUCCGCAAGGCUACGCGGGCAAGCCCGACGCCAAGGUGGCGUGCGAGCAGGUGGACGUGAACAUCCUUUGCCGCUCCAACUUCGACUGCGCCAACAACGCCGAGUGCGUGGACGGGCAGUGCUUCUGCCAGAAGGGCUUCGUGGCGCGCGCCGCCGACUGCGUCGACAUCGACGAGUGCUCGCAGGGGCAGCCGUGCGGCGCCUCUGCGCGCUGCACCAACGUCCAGGGCGGCUACCACUGCGAGUGCGAGCCCGGCUUCGUCGGCAGCCCGCCGCGUCUGCCCUGCAAAGCACCAUGCGAAGACGUCAAGUGUGGAGACCACGCCUUCUGUAAACCUGACGGUCAGGAAGCUUACUGCAUUUGUGAGGACGGCUGGUCGUUCAAUCCACUGGAUAUAACAGCAGGAUGUGUUGACAUCGACGAGUGUGACAAGAUCAACGGACCCUUCGGGCGCUGCGGUGCCAAUGCGCUGUGUACUAACACGCCAGGCGGCUUCAGCUGCCAGUGCCCGCCCGGACUUACUGGAAAUGCAUUCAAACAGUGCCUAGACAUCGACGAGUGCGCGACGGGCAGCCCGUGCGGAGCGGGCGCCGUGUGCACCAACGUGGUGGGCUCGUACAGCUGCGGCUGCCCGCCGGGAUCCGUGCCCGACCCCGACCCCAAGGUCAAGUGCGUGGCCGUCGUGACGUGCGCCGCCGACGCCGACUGCCCCGGCAACGCCAUCUGCGACCCGCACAAGCGCUGCCUCUGCCCCGAGCCCAACGUCGGACCAGACUGCAGGCACCCGUGCGAGUCGGUGGUGUGCGGCCCGAACGCGCAGUGCCUGCUGCUGAACGGCGCGGCGCGCUGCCUGUGCGCCAGCGGCUACACGGCGGCGGCGACGCCCGCCGGCGGCUGCGUCGACGUGGACGAGUGCGCGGCGUCGCCUUGCGCGCCGGGCGCCGUCUGCCGCAACGAGCCGGCCGGCUUCUCGUGCGAGUGCCCCGGCGGCUGGGCCGGCGACCCGUACCGCGGCGCGGGCUGCGCGCGCCCGCACGGGCCCGCGCCCGCCGCCUGCUCCAAGCAGCGGCCGUGCCCGCUGGGCGAGCACUGCGUCGCCGACCAGUACGCCGGCACCAGCGUCUGCCUGUGCCAGCGCGGCUUCACGCGCGAUCCCGCCUCCGGUCGCUGCCGCGACGUCGACGAGUGCCGCGAGCUGCGAGACCGACCCGCCUGCGGCCUCAACGCCGUCUGCAAGAACCUGCCCGGUAGCUACGAGUGCCAGUGUCCGCCCGGCUUCAACGGAAACCCCUUCCUGCUCUGCGAAGAGUGCAACACGCUGGAGUGCCAGUGCCAGCCGCCGUACCAGCUUCUGGACGGUAACUGCGUGCUGGCGGGCUGCUCCAAAGGCGAGAAGUGCCCGCCGGGCGCCGAGUGCAUCACGAUCGCGGGCGGCGUCAGCUACUGCGCCUGCCCCAAGGGCUUCCGCACGCGCCACGACGGCUCCUGCGAGGACGUGGACGAGUGCUCGGAGGGCCGGCAGGUGUGCGGCUACGGCGCCGAGUGCGUCAACAGCGCGGGCUCGCACCGCUGCGUGUGCCCGCGCGGCUACAGCGGCGACCCCUACAACGGCGUCUGCUCGCCGGACCAGGUGCGCUGCGUCAGCCACGCCGACUGCUCCGCCAACGAGAAGUGCGUCCAGCCGGGAGAGUGCGUCUGCCCGCCGCCGUUCUUCGUCGACCCGCUCGAUGGCAACAAGUGCAAGAGCCCGUGCGAGCGCUUCCCGUGCGGCCUGAACGCCAAGUGCACGCCGAGCGACCCGCCGCGCUGCAUGUGCGAGCCGGGCUACGAGGGAGACCCGCUGACCGGCUGCUCCGACGUGGACGAGUGCGCCGACAGCCCAUGCGCCUACGGCGCGCACUGCCUCAACGAGAAGGGCGACUUCAAGUGCGUCUGCGCCAGGGGCAUGACCGGCGACCCCUACCGAUCCGGAUGCGUGAACGCGGACGGAGCCGGCAAGGCGGAGUGCGGCAGCGACGCGGACUGCGCCGGCCAGCUGGCGUGUGUGUCCGGCGCGUGUGUCAACCCGUGCUCUACGCUGCCGUGCGGGCCGCACGCCUACUGCGAGGCCGACAACCACGCAGCCUGGUGCCGCUGCGCCGUCGGCUACACCGAGGCCGCCAACGGAGAGUGCGUCUCAGUGUGCCAGGGCGUGGUGUGCGGCCGCGGCGCGCAGUGCAUCGUGACGGCGCUGGGCGCCACGUGCAAGUGCGUCGAGGGCUUCAUCGGCAACCCGUUCCCCGGCGGCCUGUGCGUGCCCGACGUCUGCUCGGCCAGCAACCCGUGCGCCGAGCCCAGCGUCUGCAUCGGCGGCCGCUGCAAGGAGCGCUGCGAGGGCGUCGUCUGCGGCGUCGGCGCCUCCUGCGACCGCAACACCAACAAGUGUGUCUGUGACCCCUUCUUCGUCGGCAACCCGGACCUCAUCUGCAUGCCGCCCGUGCUGCCGCCGCACUGCGAGCCGGGCUGCGGAGAGAACGCGCACUGCGAGUACGGCGUGGUGAACGUGUGCGUGUGCGACGCUGGCCACGAGGGCAACCCCUACCAGGGCUGCGCGCCGCAGGGCAAGGCGUCGUGCGCCAGCGCCGCCUGCGGCCAGGGCGCGCAGUGCCGCCAGGGCCCGCACGGCAUGCAGUGCGCCUGCCCGCCGGGCUUCGCCGGAAACCCCUACAUCCUCUGCCAAGACGUGGACGAGUGCAGCAGCGCGGGAGCGUGUGGCGCCCACGCGGUGUGCAUCAACACGGCGGGCGGCUACGACUGCCGCUGCCAGGAGGGCUACGCCGGCAACCCGUUCGCCGUGUGCCUGCGCGUGCGGCCGGGCCCCUGCACAGACCCCGCCACCUGCAAGUGCGGCCGCGACGUGCCCUGCCCGCCAGGGUUCUCCUGCGAGAAGGGCAAGUGCCGCGACCUGUGCGCUGGAGUGAAGUGCGGCUCCAUGGCCACCUGCGACUCCGGGAAGUGCAUCUGCCCUGCGGGAUACAACCUGGACGCCAGCAGCAAAGCCUGCAAGCCCCUCGGCCACUGUAACAACGACUUGGACUGUGCUUCUUCAGAGAUUUGCUUCCACUUCCUUGGGGUUAAGGGCUCUAGCGGCGUGCGCAAGUGCGUGGACGCGUGCAGCAAGGCUCAGUGCGGACCGAACGCGCUGUGCGUGUCCGAGCAGCACCGUUCGUCGUGCAUUUGCGCGGAGGGCACGAGCGGCGACCCGAGCGACCUGGUGCUGGGCUGCCGGCCCGAGGAAGAGGGCCAGCCGAAGCGCGGCUGCCUCAGCGACGCCGACUGCCCGCCGGGGCUCGCCUGCACGCUGGGCCUCGACGCCAGCCGAGCCUGCGUCGACCCCUGUCUCAGCGUCGCCUGCGCCAUCAACGAGGUGUGCCGGCUGGACGCGCAGCACGGCCCCGUGUGCCACUGCCGCGACGGCUUCGUUUGGAACCCGGUGUCGUCGGCGUGCGAGAAGCCGUCGCUGCCCGACUGCGCGAGCGACGGCGACUGCGGCGCGGCGGCGGCGUGCCGGCCCGACGCGCUGGGCGUGCUGCGGUGCGCCGACGCGUGCGCCGCGCUCUCCUGCCCGCCGCACAGCCAGUGCGAGGCGCGCGACCACCGCGCCACCUGCCGCUGCCUGCCCGGCUACACCGGCAACCCGGCCGACCGCGCCGGCUGCGUGCCCGCCUCCAGGAACUCCUGCACCAGCGACGCCAACUGCGCCGAGGCCGAGGUGUGCCGACUGGACGCGCAGACGAACUCGUUCUCGUGCCGGCCGGCGUGCCAGGCGGUGCGUUGCGGGCCCGGCGCCGUGUGCGCGGCGCAGAACCACGUGGCGCAGUGCCGCUGCCCGCCGGGGCCGUACGCGGGAGACCCGUACGACGCGGCGGCCGGCUGCCGCACCGUGCCCUGCGUCUACAACAUCGACUGCCCGCCCAGCCAGCUGUGCGACCGCCUCUCACACACCUGCAUGGACGUCUGCCACGAGGACUCGUGCGGCACCGACGCCGUCUGCGUCGCCGAGGACCACAAGGCCGUCUGCCAGUGCCCGCCGGGAUACAGGGGGAACCCAGAGAUCGAGUGCACCCCGGGAGCCGUGUGCCAGCCGAGCCCGUGCCACCCGAGCGCGACGUGCGAAGCGGCGCCGGGCGGCGACGGGCACGUGUGCCGCUGCCCGGCCGGACAGGUGGGCGACCCGUACACGACGGGCUGCCGGCCCGAGGGCCGCUGCCCGGCCGGAGACCGCGACUGCCCGGCCACCGCCGCCUGCCAGGGCGGCCGCUGCAUCAACCCCUGCGAGGCCGGCCGGCCGUGCGGGCCCAACGCGCUCUGCGAGGUGCGCGCUCACCGGCCCGUCUGCUCCUGCCCCGCCAAGUUCCAGCCGGGGCCCUACGGCGUUUCCGGGGGCUGCAUCCGCUCUCCCGCGCCCUGCAACAGCGACCAGGACUGUCUCGGCGACAUCUGCCACGGAGGACAAUGCAAAGUUGCCUGCAGAAACUCUGACGACUGCUCGAAUGGUGAGAAAUGCGUACUCAGCCUGUGCGUGCUACCGUGCGUGGGCCACACGCAGUGUCCUCAAGGUCUUGCUUGCACCAAUGGCUCUUGUCUUCUCGGCUGCCGCUCAAGCAAAGAGUGUCCCAGCAACCAGGCUUGCAUCAACGCUAAAUGUCAAGACCCGUGCCUGCGCGAGGGCGCGUGCGGGCCGAACGCGGAGUGCCGGUGCGUGGAGCACGCGACGGAGUGCCGGUGCCCGGCGGGCUUCGCGGGCAGCCCGGCGCCCCAGCAGGGCUGCGUGCGCCAGCCGGCCGCGUGCCACGCGCCCGGCGACUGCCCCGCGCCCGGCUACGCCUGCUCGCCCGCCGGCCUCUGCGUGUGGCCGUGCGACCGCGGCUGCGCGCUCGGCGAGCGCUGCGGCGAGCUGGGACACUGCGUGCGCGUCUGCCACGCCGCCAGCAACUGCCUGCCCGCCGAGAUCUGCGACGAGGGCGUCUGCCGGCCCGGCUGCGCCACCGACCAGGACUGCUCGCUCGGACAAGUCUGCCUCCGCGGAAAGUGCAGGUGCGGCGUGGGCUUCACGUCGGGCCCGGCCGGCGGCUGCGUGGACGUGGACGAGUGCGAGGACGCGCCGUGCCACCACAGCGCCGAGUGCGUUAACACGGCGGGCUCGUUCCGCUGCCAGUGCCCGGCCGGCAGCGUGGGCGACCCCUUCCUCGAGCCCGGCUGCCGCGCGCCCGGCUCCUGCGACGACAGCGCCGACUGCGCCGACAACCUGGCGUGCCAGGUCGGCCGCUGCUCCGACCCGUGCGCCGCCGCCCCCUGCGGGCCGUCCGCGCUCUGCAACGUGUUCGACCACGCCGCCGUCUGCAGCUGCCCGCCGGGGCACCUCGGCGACCCCACCGACUCUGACGUCGGCUGCUUCAAGGUCGAGUGCACCACCAGCGAGGACUGCGCCCGCGACAAGACCUGCGACCAGCGCAGCUACAAGUGUAUCGAUCCGUGCGACCAAGUCAACUGCGGCAGAGGAUCUUGCAAAGUUCAAAACCACGAAGCCACGUGUUCCUGCUUUGAGGGCUACACCCUGCUCAACGGAAAGUGCGCCGACGUCGACGAGUGCGCCUCGAGCCCGUGCCACAGCACAGCCGUGUGCCGGAACGCGCCGGGCAGCUUCUCGUGCGAGUGCGCCGACGGGCUGGUGGGCGACCCGGUGCGCGGCGGCUGCCGCAAGCCCGGCGAGUGCCUCGGCGACGCCGACUGCCACAGCAGCGCCGCCUGCGUCGACAACCGCUGCCGCAGCCCGUGCGAGGCGGCCGCGCCCGUCUGCGGCGCCAACGCCGAGUGCCUCGUGCAGGACCACCUGCCGCUCUGCCGCUGCCCCCAGCAGACCAGGGGCGACCCCAAGGUGGAGUGCGUGAAGCUGGAGUGCUCCGAGAACGCCGACUGCCCGGCGUCCCGCGCUUGUGUGGACUCUCGCUGCGUGGACCCCUGCUCGGUGGCGAGCGUGUGCGGCGCGCAGGCCGACUGCGUGGCCGACAACCACGCGGGCGUCUGCUCGUGCCGGCCCGGCACCACCGGCGACCCGCGCCUCGGUUGCGUCGACCUCCAGUACUGCGCCAGCGACGCCCAGUGCGCCGCCGGCGCCGCCUGCAACAACGGACUCUGCAAGUCACAAUGUACUUCGGCCCGCGAAUGCCUCACGGACCAGCUGUGUAUACAAGGUGUGUGCCAGCCCACAUGUAAGGCCAACUCCGACUGCCCGGAGAAACAACUGUGCCAGAACAGCAUCUGCAUACAAGAGGUGCGCUGCCGAGCUGACAGCGACUGCGCGGACAACGAGAAGUGUGUGGAGAACGCCCUUGGACAGGCGGAGUGCCGCGACGCGUGCGACGGCUCGGCGGCGUGCGGGCGCAACGCGCAGUGCGUGUCGCAGCGCCACCGGCCCGUGUGCUCGUGCCUGGCGGGCUUCCGCGGAGACCCGCUGGCCGGCUGCCGGCCCGAGGAGUGCCAGGCGGACGCCGACUGCCCGCCCGACCGCCGCUGCGACGACUACUCCUGCAGACCCGCCUGCGCGCCGCCCGCAGCCUCCUGCGGCUCCAACGCGCUCUGCUCCGCCGAGAACCACCGACCCGUGUGCCACUGCCAGCCGGGCUUCACGGGCGACGCGUCGCGCGGCUGCGAGCCGGUGGACGCGUGCGCGAGCUCGCCCUGCGGGCCGGGCGCGCUGUGCGAGAACGCGCGCGGCUCGUUCCGCUGCUCGUGCCCGCCGGGCACGGUGGGCGACGCCGCCCGCGAGGGCUGCCGCGCGCCCGUCGAGUGCCAGGUCGACGACGACUGCCCCGCCGCCACGCAGUGCUCCACCAUCACCGGAGUGCCCAAGUGCAGAGACGUGUGCGAGAGCACGCUGUGCGGCCAGAACGCGGAGUGCGUGGCCUCCGGGCACGCGGCGUCGUGCCGCUGCCGCGACGGCUACGAGGGCGACGCCAACGACCAGCGCGUCGGCUGCCGGCCGCGGCCGCUGCCCUGCCAGAGCAGCGCCCAGUGCCCCGCCAGCACCUACUGCUACGGACACAUCUGCAAGCCACUGUGCCAGUCGGACGGCGAGUGCAACCUAACGGAGAACUGCGUGAACGGCCAGUGCGUGAACCCAUGCGAAGCUCGGGGUGCGUGCGGCAUGAACGCCGAGUGCCGCGUGCUCAACCACGGCAAGCAGUGCAGCUGCCCGCCGGGCUUCACUGGAAACCAGGCCGUCGAGUGCGUCAGGAUACCUGUAUCGUGCGAAUCGAACAAGGACUGCUCUGAAGGCAACACGUGUAGAGACAGCAUGUGCCUACCAGUGUGCAGCGCCGACACCGACUGCGCCCUCAAUGAGAAGUGCCUCAAGGGCAACUGCAUGCUGACGUGCCGCGUCCACAACGACUGCUUCUUGGGCCACAUCUGCCUGAACAACAUGUGCAUAUUCGGCUGCAAGUCUGACGAGGACUGCUCGGCCAGCGAGCAGUGUAUGGGCGGCCGCUGCGUCGAUCCGUGCGCCUCCAAGCCUUGCGGACCCAACGCCAUCUGCUCCACGUCCAACCAGCGGGCCGUGUGCUCGUGCCCGCAGGGGCUUGUGCCCAGCCCAACAGCACAGGUGGCGUGCGUGCGCGCGCCCGCGGCGCCGUGCCUGGAGAGCCGCGGCUGUGCGCCCGGGCUGACGUGCCUGUCGGGUGCCUGCCGGCCGCUGUGCGCCGCGGACGGCGGUUGCCUGGGCAACGAGCGCUGCGACGCCCGCGCCGGCGUCUGCCGGCCCGCCUGCAGCCGCGACGACGCCUGCCGCCGCGGCGAGGUCUGCGAGGGGCUCGUCUGCGUCGCCGGCUGCCGCUCCGACUCCGGCUGCCCCUCCAGCGCCGCCUGCGUCAACGGACAGUGCCAAGACCUGUGCGCGUCGCCGACGGCUUGCGGUACAAACGCAGUGUGCUCCAUGUCGAACCACGGCAAGCACUGUGAGUGUCCGGAGCCUCUCGUGGGAGACCCGAACGUGAGCUGCCGCCAGCCCACCACCACGUGCCAGACGGAAGCAGACUGUUCCGACGGGCAGACAUGCUACGUCGGUAUAUGCCACACCACCUGCAGAAAUGACUUGUCCUGCCUAUCUGAUGAACGGUGUGUCGGAGGGCUGUGUAAAACAGUGUGCAACAGUGACGCUGCUUGCGGGGCCGGACAGAUCUGUGAAAACCGACUGUGCGUCGUGGGCUGCCGAAGUGACAACGUUUGUUCCGAUAAUCAGGCGUGCGUCGACAACAAGUGUAUCAACCCGUGUGACGCGCCCAACGCGUGCGGCGCGUGCGCGGAGUGCCGCGUGUCGAAGCACGGCAUGCAGUGCUCGUGCCCGGCCGGCUUCGCGGGCGACCCGCUGUCCGCGUGCUCCAAGCCGGCGGCGCGCUGCCCCGCGCCCGGCUGCGACCCCGCCGACUGUGACGAGGGCGGCUUCUGCGCGCAGCCCUGCUCUGACGACGCCACCUGUGCCUGCGGAGAGACCUGCGUGCAGGGGCGCUGCCGCUCCCGCUGCGGCCCGGCCGGCGCCUGCCCACAGGGCCAGGUGUGCAGCGACAGCGGGGCGUGCGUGCCCGGCUGCCUGUCGCACGCGGACUGCCCGCAGGACCGCGCGUGCUCGGGCGGCCAGUGCCGCGACCCGUGCGGGCCGUCGGCGUGCGGUACGGGCGCGCAGUGCCGCGCCGCCGACCACCGCGCCGUCUGCCUCUGCCCGCCCGGCCACCGCGGCGAGCCCAGCAAGGCCUGCCUGCCCGCCGGACAGUGCUCCGCCGACGCCGACUGCCCGCCCGACCAGUUCUGCUCGCCCGCCGACGGCGCCUGCCGCAACCCGUGUCUGCAGGCCGACGCCUGCGGCACCAACGCACAGUGCCGCGUCGCCGACCGCAGGGCCGUCUGCUCGUGCCCACCCGGAUAUUACGGAAACCCUAAGCUCGAAUGCAAGCAAGGAGGCGGCGGCGACUGCGUGCGCAACCCGUGCGGCGAGAACGCGCGCUGCCGCGACGUGGCGGGCGGCUACGAGUGCUCGUGCCCGCCCGGCUGCACCGGCGACCCGUACCGCGGCUGCCUCUGCGAGGACGGCCUCAAGAACGCCUGCGCCGGACACCGCUGCGGAGCCAACGCCCUCUGCAGGGUCACCGCCUCUGGGGGGCCCGAGUGCUACUGCCCUGCCAACUUCCCGGUCGGAAACCCCGAGCGUGAAUGCGUGUCGGACCGCUCCGGCGUGGACUGCCGCACGCGCGGCUGCGGCUCCGGCGCGGAGUGCAUCCGCGACGGCACCGCCUUCGUCUGCCGCUGCCCGCCCGGGACGACGGGUCGCCCCGAGGUCGGCUGCCGCAAAGAGAACACCUGUGCGAGUGACGUAGACUGUCCAAGUGAGAAGGCUUGUGUGAGCGGCGAGUGUGCCGACCCGUGCUCGUUGCGGGGCGCGUGCGGCCGCGGCGCGCUCUGCCGGCCCCUGAUGCACCGCGCGCGCUGCUCGUGCCCGCAGUGCCACGUGGGGUCGCCGCACGUGCAGUGCGUGCGCGACCCGGACCCGCGCUGCGGGCUCGAGCAGCAGCCGCGGCCGGGCGGGGGCCCGUGCGCGGCGGACGCGGACUGCGGGCCGGCGGCGGCCUGCGUCCGCGGCCGCUGCGCCGACCCCUGCGUGCGCCCCUGCGAGCCGGGCAAGCGCUGCGAGGUGCGCGCGCACCGGCCCGUCUGCGUCUGCGCCGCCGGCUUCGUGCUGAGCGACGCGGGCGAGCUCGCGUGCGCCUCGGGGCCGCCCGCCUGCGCCUCCGACGCCGACUGCGCCUCCAACCGCGCCUGCGCCGCCGGCCGCUGCGUCGACCCCUGCUCGGCGCUGCCGCCGCCCUGCCGCGAGCCCGACCAGGCGUGCGACGUGCUCGACCACCGGCCCGUCUGCAUCUGCGUGCGCCGCUGCAACCCCGCGCUCUCCAUCUGCUUGCGCGACGCCGGGUGCCCGGCGCACCUCGCCUGCCGCAACUUCCGCUGCGUGGACCCGUGCGAGGGCGCGGGCUGCGCGCCCGGCGCGCCUUGCCGAGUCGAGGACCACACGCCCGUCUGCAAGUUCUGUCCCGCAGGAUUUGUCCCUGACGCGAAAUACGGAUGCCUCAAAGCAGGUGUCAGCACAAGCACGAGGGCACCGGUUCAGUGCACGUUGGAUGACGAGUGCACAGGUGCGCUGGCGUGCAUUAGAGGAGAAUGCGUAGAUCCUUGCACCAACAAGUGUGGUCUGAGCGCUCGGUGUAGGGUGGAGGCCCACCGGCCACUGUGUUUCUGCCCCGUGGGCUACCGGGGGGAUGCGGCCGUUCGCUGCACGCCCACCGAUAGCCCUCCGGCUCUCUCGACAUCUCAGGCUGCUCCUACAGUAUCCAUUCACGGUUCUUCUCUACCUACAGAUACAACUUCGGGGACAACUGUAACAUAUAAACUGGCAACAGACAAUCCCACAAUACAAACAGUUAACCUACACACCACAUUAGAGGCCCCAAGGACAGUAGAUAUUCUUACCGAUACUACAACGAAUGCCGAAACAACUACGUAUUCGUCGGUUCCUCAAGUCAGUGCAAGACAUCCUGCAACAGAAAAUGAGAUACCUUAUGAAACUUCGACAAACGAGGCUCGAAUGACAGAAGCAGCUACGUCCUCUGACUCGCAGGAAACAUUGCAGGGGCACACGACGGUUACAACUGAGCCGUCGACCGACGUAACAAACGAAUCAGAAACGACGCUGGACUUUUCUUUUGAUUUGGAGGUCACGCCCUUUAAUGAACCUGUCAAGUUAUUCUCUAGCGACGAGCUGACUUCGGCUCCCGACACAACAGAAUCAGCCCCAAAAGUGGGUGACAAAGCCACUACUACUCAGAUUACUCCAAUCACAAAAGAUAUCCUGUCUGGUGGCAUAUACAAGACUGACAGUCAGGAAUUUGUUACUUCUUUCACGUACUCCUCUCGCAGACUGCCACAAGCAGAAGAAACAACACGAGAAUCAUACACGGCAGUAACGGAGAUUGUUUAUCAGAGUACAGUGACGUCUGAUAUACGCGAGGCAAGCGAACAAGGAAAUUCUGACACACCAGCCAAUACAUUGUUCAGCACCCUGACAGAAGAAACAAAUACUGAAAGCAUGAUGACAUCAAAUGAAGCACCUCAUACCACAUUACCUAGCUCUACCAAGCUACACUCUGAAAAAAAGGAAUAUCAAACCACUGGAUCGCAUUACAGUUAUUACGGGCCAUCUGGGGAACAGAUCGAAACGACAUUAACUCCAUACGAUAUUCCUGUGACGGUUGUUUCUCACGACAGUAAAGGACAAACAUCUACACCACGCUUGACAAAACCAGAAACUUCCACAGAAAAAUAUUAUAGUGAUUACAAAGGAAUCACAAGCAGACAAGAUGUCACGCUUCCCGUAAAUUAUCAAGGAUCGUCAGCAGAAAGCGUCACUGAUCAGCGAGUACGUGAAACGACAUCUGCAAACUAUCAUCAGUUAGUCACAAAAAACGACCAGUCGUAUGUUCCUGAAGCAAAAACGAAAACUGGGAUUACGACCCAUGCUAUUUCACUGGCUACGACAGAGGUCGAACAUUUCACCUCGGAGAGGGCUACAGGUUCACCAUUAUCGGUCAGUAGUGCACACGCUACUGUAGGUGGUGCAGAAGGGACUCAAAAGAGUUCCACAGCACGCUUUCCAUCAAGCAAGGUGGUUCUCAAUAAAAUUUCUACAGACCAUAAUAUAGGAAAAGACACCACAUCUUCGGUGCCACCGUGGACAAGUAGUGCUGCCACUUCGGAAACUUAUACAGUAUUAGAAACAAUAACGGUAACACCAGAGUUCACCGAGACGGUUGAAACAAAUACCCCGGUCAAAGAAAAGCCGUACAGCAUUUUAGUCGAUAAUUAUUCAUCCACUGCUACAGAAAACACGAAAUCACCACAGUAUGGAAGUACCGUUCCGACCGUGGAAAACCCUGAGUAUGACUUCCAUACAACCCAAAGCAUCCAAGUACACCUCAACACAGAAGCGACAGAAUACGGUCCUGCUUACGAAACAGAUAGCAAUGGAGUGAAAGAUACGACAAUAACGGCGGAAAGUGCCACCGAAGGCCGUGUGAUAACCGUAACGCCAGUGCACGGACGUGACAGAGGACCAGUCGUUACAGUGACCCCUGUGAACUAUACACCACGUGAACAAGUGUACACCGUGACUCCUCUUCACAUUACUGAUAGUGCUGAAAGCACAAACCCGACAGCAAAAGAGAACACUAUGCAAAUGGCUACCGAUGGCUUCACUGAAACUCAAGGCACAGUGCCACAAACGAAUUUUGGUUCAACUGAAAAUAUCACAAAGCAAAAAAAUGAAAAUGAGGAAUUAUUUCCUGCGCAACAUACUGUAUCUCCAAAGGGCGGCAUCACCAGUACUGACGAUAUCCUAUCGACGGAAAAUGCAGCUGAUAAUUCAACUAAUACUGAACGAGUAUACACGUUUACUCAAGUUAGUGAAGGAACAGCUUUACAACAGGACAAUUUGUUGCAAAAAGAACACAAGAAUGGCCUAGUACCUCAGAAAACAUACAGAAUAACAGACACAGACGACAUACUGGAUACAACAUACAAGGACACAGACAUGCAGACAGAAAAAAUGUUUGGCAAUAACGAAAAAAAGAUACACACCUCAAUGCCGACGGUCAUAAAGCAUGACAUAGUUAGUAGUACUACCCCAAAAGAAAGUCCUCCAAUAGGAGAGGCUACGCAUUUCCAGCAAGGGACGACCGAAAGCAGUGUAAUGUCUACAAGAAUUGGCGAAAACCCCACCUUCCCGACAGAAAGAUGGGCACAGAAUCCAAAUUUUCCUCAAGGACAUAGACAUCAUGGUCAGGAAACAGCAGAACAGGACGAAGAAAUCACGACUGUCGAUGAGAAACGCAACACAGAAUUCAUUACAGAAACCAGUAAAGCUGAAGAAAUAAGUACGGAACUUACCAACAGUAGCAGCGAGCUUAUUUUUGAAACUAAUGAUCACGAUAGAACACAGGUAACGACGAAAAUUGUACCAGUUUAUGCUCAGACAGUUUACACUGCGUCACCAGAAACUGAUGAAGAAAUAACGGAAGUAGAUACAAGUACUACUUCCGAAACGUUGACAUCCUACACUCUUGUUACAACAGAGAACUUCACUUCAACAUCGCAGGAACAUACAUCUGUUUCACAAGACAAGAAAACUUAUGGGCCACCGCAAAUAGAUGAGAAGUCUGUAACAACUUCUUCAGCUACAAAGGAGAUCAGGUUACCAGAAGUCAAUAACAAACCUAAGGAUCAACUUCCGCAGGUCAAGCACUCUACUACCAUAGGUGUUAUUGUCGAAGAAAGUACCGAACGAAUAUCAGACCAAUCUCCCGAGAUUAUAACAUCGACAAUAAACACACCAGCUUCCAAUGAGAGAACAGUAGAUGCAAUGAUAACAGAGAAUCACUUAGAAGAGAAGAGUUCUACGCAAAAUAUUAAACGUACUGAAAACUACACAAGAGUGUCUGUACCAAAAGUAACUAUUACUUAUGAUGGAAUUACAAAAGAAACACAUGAAAAUCCAUACUCACAGGUCUCAGUAAUAACAGACACGGCAUCUGCAACUACAACAGAAUACGUCGCAUUACCCUACGAUACCAAAACAACGAUACCUGAAUCAACGACAAAUAAAAUUUCAGAUGCAGAUGUAACCAGUGUGAUUUCGACUCAGCAGGAUCAAAACAUAAAAACUACUCCCACGAAAGCGGAAACUUGGCGCAAUGAUUUAGAGGAAAGGACUUCUACAGAGUUUGUUUCCGACAUCAGUGAUUACACAAACGGCUUUACACCUGCAAUGAAGCACUCAUCGGAUGCAAACAAAUGGGUAGUCCAAGAAGAAACUACCUUUGAAUCAGUAACACUAGAUUUCUCUCAACCUACGGAAUUUAUUCAUACGUCAUCAGGUACCUCCGGCGAUUACACAAAUGAAGAGUUACCUCGUGAGACGUCGGAAGACAAUGGAACAUUUAGCGAUGGAAAUCCUACAACAGGUGAUGACAGACAAUCUGGAAGCGGAAACCAAUCUCACGUCUUUAUAGAAGACGACAUAAAAAAUACGCAGCCAAACAUAAAAACAACUAUACCAUUCGAUUCGUCGUCCAGUAACACCAAAAACGUACACACGUCCUUUCCUCCACUUCCAAGUACAACUGAAAUUUACGAUAAUGUAUCACAGGUUCCGAAAGUCAAAUUUCCUCCGGAACGUGACACAUUAAAAGCUACUGCAACACACAAAACUCCAAGCAUCUCCUUGCCAACGACAAUUAAAAUUUCCCAGAACACUGAUGCUGCCAUUUCGUUGGCAGAGACCACAGAGAAAUUUUCAACACAAAUUUUCGUACCGUUUCAGCCAUCGACGAACCCACAAAAACAAUAUGAAAUUACAGCAGAUUCGCAUCUUACGGAGAAAACGGUAUUUACUGAUACAACUCGGUACACGGAUGUUGUUUCGUUGGCAGGAAACACGGAGAAAAUUUCAACGCAAGUUUUUGUACCGUUUCAGCCAUCAUCGACCCCGCAAAAACAAUAUGAAAUAACAUCAGAUUCUCAUGUUAAACAGAAACCAGUGCUUCCUGAUUCAGUCCCCCAAUCCACAGAAUACUGGAUUGAUGUAAAUACUGUUGCAGAUAGGAUGAAGUCUUCUUACACAAAUCCUGCACCACAAUAUCCGGAUGACUCUUCCAAAACGCAUCAAACGCAUCACAUCACAGCAAAGGUAAAACUAAAUACUGACAGCCCAUUCCGCGAAAGCGUUGGUGUAACAGAGUCUGAAAGCAGAGGUUCCAGUACGCAUGAUGAAAAUACGACAGAUCUUCAACAUACAACAAAAUCGAGCGAAAGCUUUGAACCGUUGGAUGAAGCGGCUACAGGCCAAUUGCCACGAGUAACGUCAGAAGCAAAUCUAGCUCCAUUUCCUACAUCUCCGCGUGACAAAGAUAUUGCAACAAACACAAACAACUUCCAAGCCACAGAAAACUUGUUGCCACGUACAACGGAAAGAAACGAUCUACCCACAGAUUUUGAACGAGCAAAGGAGGAAAAAACUAUACAGACUGCAACAACUACAAACCAAGCAGAGGAGUCUUCCAAUUUCACAGCAGAGACAACAGAUCAGACUCUCGGAACUGUAAGAGAAGCUAUAGUACGAACGGAACCCAAGGAGAUUUCCACUGCGCCGGAAAUAUUUACAAACGAUCAUACACAAUCGCUUGUUUCCAUUAGCACGUCACAACUCAACCAAGAACUCUCUAAUUGGGGAGACAUUAUCGAAGUACCAACAAAGGAUUCCACUCAACAUGAAUUUCCCUCUACUGUAAAAAUAAUUUGCUCCAACUCUCUGGGAAAUGUUAACUGCUUAACAUCAAAGUCACCAGAUACUACAGAAAUCAUUACAGAAAGGGCAGAAGGCGAAACGAUACAGCCAGGGAAGGCAUACACGUAUCCUGGUUUCCUAGGGACAACCAAAAAUUUUGUACACGGUUCGUCUGUGGGAACAGAAGACACUGGCACGAUUACCACAAAAUAUGAUCAUGGCCCAGUAACUACACCCAUUGCUGAAGAAGAUGGAAAGAACAAUUAUUACACCACCACAGGGCAGAGGAUUACGUCGACUAUCAGCAUUCACUUUGAUGGCGAGGGAUCAACCGAUACAAAUAACGAAGUGACUCUAAAGUCUGAAAUGCAGCCCUCAGUAACAAAUCAGUAUGAGUCCAAAUCAUCAAAUAAUGAACCGUUCGGUUACGAACAAACAACAGGGUUUAUGAUCAAAAUACCUACAGUAACCAUGGAACCUUCAUCUUUUGUACCUCGUUCUACCAAUAUUCUUCCCACUAGUACUCCCCACAUAGAGCAACAUCUAAAGGUUGUAACGAAAUAUCAUACAAACGAAAAUCAACAGUCAACAGAACAAAACAUGUUUACGAGUCAGACCUCCGCAGAAAAAACAUUCGGACCUGCUAUAGGGGAAACACUUCCUUCACAGAGUACAGUCGCUAAUCAGAGAAACGAACCGCUUACUCGCACUGGUUAUGACCACAUGACAGUUACAGACAGCAUCCAAGAUGCUUCAACCAUAAGGCAACAAGAACUGUCAAACAUGAUCCCAACCACACAAGAAAUCAAUACCCCAAGGAGAACAACAGAAAGUGAUGGGCAUUUCCAGCACACUGAGAAUGUCUACAUUAGCUCAGAUCAACAAGUGACAGGCAAUACAGCUGAAAGCACGUUACCUACAGACGUGACAGAUUACAAAAUAGUGCUUAAGCUGUCUCCUUCCGCCACCACAAAUACUGAAAUGUCAGGAUUACAGUACACACAGCCUGAUACUGAGGAAUAUUCCCCUGGUUCUACAAGAGACACUUCCCAAAUCUUUAAACCUGCGAGUACAAUAUUAAACGAGCAAACAGUGAGCACCCCAAAUGGAAACACAGAAGAAAACAAUGUAUCAGUAAUGGAGCUUAUGACUGAUAAGACUUCUGAAAGUCACGAAACAAAACUAUGGUCUGUAACCAGACAGCAGUCAGAAAAUUCCAGUGAUGUUGGAAUGUCAAAAGGAAAUACAACAGAUUCUACAACAGUGACAAAUGUACAACAAACAGUAUUUCUGCCAACAGAUAGAUCAAAUGAAUGGGCUGUGUCCAGUGAUGAAGGGCAAAUUUCAAGAACACAUACCACUAGCUAUGGAGAAUUGUUAAUACAUUACAAAACAGAACCUACUCUUGAAUAUGAAAGAAUUACUGCUGAAAUUUCAGAUAAACAGUUCUCACAACCAAAAGGAACAGAGAGAACAGUAAUGACAAAUGAGGUAAAGACAACAUUAUCAUCAUUACAUGAGUAUGAUACAGAAGGAAUGGACUACAGUACCACAGAGACAAACGAAAUUAUUGUUACAAGUGAAGGACAUGAUGCAAAGAACCACCAGCAGCAAACUUCUUACAACAUUCUUACUACAAAAAAUAUUGAAGAGUCACAAACAGCAGGUAUCACUGGAGAUACAGAACAAGUGACUUCAGUACCUAUCAUUCAGGCCGGAGGAUCGCAGGAUGGACAAUACUCUAAUAAAGUCAAUGCACAAACUCUUAAAAAUGUCACAGAAAUAAUUACGCAGCAACAUACUGAGAUUGCCAAGCAUACUUCACAGCCUCGUCAGACGUUAGUAACAGACUCAACGACAAAGCAGACACUGGCAGAAUACAGUCCAAAAACUAACUUAAGAACUCAAGCUGUUAUGAUGCAAACUACUACAACACUGGAACACACUAAACAACUGAACAGAACCAUUUUUGAGUAUUCAGAAACUACUGAACCUCAGCCAACACAGCUCAUAACAGGAAACACCCACACACUGGACUACACAAUGGGAAUCACUCUCAAACACACAGAGAGCAUCCCACCUCAGACAGAAUCUCCAUUGUGCUUCUCUAAUACUGACUGUCCAGGUAACAUGUCAUGCAUCAAUGCAAGUUGUAAGAACCCCUGUUCCAUCAAUAGUCCUUGUAGAAAUGGCGCAGCCUGUGUUGUCAGAAACCAUUAUCCAGUGUGCCUUUGUCCAUCACAUGAGAACCAGACCACAGCCACUGUUGAAUGUAGAACACUGCCAGUUAUUGGCUGCAUCAACAACAAUCAGUGCCCUGCUCAAUUUGCAUGCAUCAAAGGCAAAUGUCAGAAUCCAUGCACUGUCUCCAAUCCAUGCAGCACUCAACAUGAUUGUGAAGUACGUGAUCAUCAACCUGUCUGCAUAAAAGUUUGUUCCUGCCAAAAAUCGAGUGACUGCAGAUCUGGUCUCAUAUGUGAUGGCUGCAACUGUGUUUCUACAAGUACCGAACCAAAUGUGGUACCAUCUGGUUGUGAACACUGCCCACCUGGCAUGUUAUGCAAUCCAACAACUGGUGCUUGCUACAAAGUAACCGACGACCAGGAAAGUGGCACAUCUAUCACUACACAGCCAAGCCCGGGCAUUGUGGAAAAAGGAAUUGAGACAGUAACCCUGACAAUGACAGAAAUAGGUGAAACAACCAAACUAAACACUGAAGGAACUGCACAAACAAACACAGUAGUACCUACCAUACUUAGCAUGGAUGAGGAAAACACGACUAUAGAACCUCCGUCAGAUGUGACUUUAUCUGAUAAUAAAGUUUCCGACACAGGACCUCAAAUAUUCUCUACAACAGAAAUGGCAAGUACAACAGCAGUAAAUACAGAAAUAUUGCCUACUUCAGGUGACAUUGAGUCAACAUCUAAUGAAAUGACAACAAAGGCAGUGUCUGUGGGAGUGACGGAAACGACACAAGGUGUACCUCUUAUAGAAUUACUGCCAACAGAAACGGCCACACAGGAAAGUUCAACCAAUGAAGAGGUGGUUACUGUUACAGCUAUUCCGGAGGCACAAGAACCGACAUCUGUUCCUGUUACUAUGCAAACAGAACUUUCUACAUCUGGCCUGGUAACAGAAAUGCAGGAUUUUAGCACAACAAAAUCAAGUAUGGAAACAGAAUCUGUAACUAAACUACCUGUAACACAGAGGGCAAUCAAUUUUGAGACUCCAACAGACUCUGAAUCUCUUAUCACAAAAGUUGCAGAGGUGACUACAGCAGCAAAUGAUGAGAGUUACUUUGAAUCAGUGACAAUUACUACAGAAACUUCCUCUGGGAGGGACUUAAAUUUUACAACAACUUCUAUGAGCGAAGAGGCAAGUUUAACAGAAAUCACAACAGCAGGGACCACAUUAGUGACAACCAGAGAAGACACAAGAUCAGGAACCACAGUAGUGACAACCAGAGAAGAAUUGUCAGAACCACUAGUACCAUCUACCACGGACAUAUCAGAACAGGCAAUUACAAGUCCUUCACCAACAGUUACUGAGACAAAAAUUUUAGAUGCCCAAACUGAACCUGCAAAGGAAACCACAGAAAUGAAUUAUAACAACCAAGAAGUUACAACACAACGUGCUAUGAAUCUGAUAACAGAGCCUGAGUUUUCUGAAGGAAGUACAGAGACAGGUACAACACAGCAACCCACAAGAGCCCCAACAACAUUCGAAUACACAAGUACACCUCAGCAAGAGGCAGCAACAGAAGAAUUACCAAGCAGUACUCAGGUAGAACUCGGAGAAGGUAUGACCACAGAAAUACCGAGACAGGUUUUUGAGACAAGACAACCAGAUGAAAGUAGUACAAUGCGCACAGAAUCACAGGAAAUGACAACUGAAUUAAAUGAUGAAACCACUACUGGCGCAUCAGACACCAAGGUGAAUGAUAUAACUGAUGUGCCAACAGACACAACUCUGCCAACUGCUACAAUUAGUUUCACACAAAAUAUAAAUGACAGUAAUCAAGUUCCAACAACACUUGCUCCUGACAUCACUAUCACAACUGAUAUUUCCAUAAAUACCACUCCAAGCCUAGAAGCUACAACCAAAGAUGAAAAUGCCUUUCCAUCUGAAAUUAGUACUACAACUGCAACACCAGAGGUUUUCACAACAGACAGAAACCUACAAGUGGGCCAGUCUACUCUGCAGAGCACCACACAAGUAACCACAGAAUUCUUUCCAGUAUCAGAGGCCACAACAGAAAAUAUUGUAACUGAAACAGAGAUUUCACCACGUGACAUAGGAACAACAACCACAGAUUAUCAGACUACAAUAAAUAACAUUGCAGAAACAAGUACUCGUGCACAGAACACUGAAGGAACAGAAAAUGACAUACAGACCAGUACCUCAUCUGAAGGUGCUGUUGGCAUAACUACAGAACAAACGCAAACCACUAAAUUCAAAAUGGAUGAAGUAGUAACUGUGACGCAAGAAACAGAAACCAUAACAGAAAGUAGGAUUAAUAUCUUGGAAGAUCAACCAACAACAAUGGAAGCAUACACAAUUAAUCAGCUUACUGGAAAAGAGGACGAAAGUACAGUAACAACUGAGGCAAGCCCAUCAACAUUUGAAACAACUACAAUGAAUGAACAAACAACACUGCUGACGGAAGCAACAGCUCAGACAACAGCAAGUACAGUUACAGCAGAAGUACAGCCUGACACAGUGACACUCACUACCACAGAGCCCACAGAUGAUUACAAAACAGAAUCAUCAGCAUAUGAGACAACAACACUGCGUAAUGAAUUGACAGUAACUGACACAGAAUCCUCUGUAAAUGACUUGGAGACAGAAAAUCCAAAUACCCCACCUAGUGUAACUGAAUCACCUCUAACAGAAAGUAGUGCAGGAACCACAACAAUAGCUGAGAGUAUGCUAGAACUGACAUCAGAAUUUAUGGAAAGUGAGACAGUUACAAGUACAACAGAAACAUCUACUACUCCAUCUGACUUUGACAACAGAUUUGAGACUACUACAACUAUUCCAUGUACUGUUGACAAAGACUGUCCUGAGACUGAAGCCUGUCGGGAUGGCCUGUGUCUCAAUCCUUGUGUGGGCACUUGUGGAUCCGGUGCCAUAUGCACAGUCUCAAACCACACCACACUUUGCACUUGCCCAAUCGGGCAUCCUGGAAAUGCAACCGUGGACUGCCAACGAGAACCCACAGGAUUGCCGAAGGCACCCAGCCCCUGUGAAUCUGACAAUGACUGCCUCGACUCGGAGGCAUGCUACGGGCAGCUGUGCCAAGACCCGUGUGAGUUUUCCAAGGCAUGUGCCCCCACUGCUAAGUGUCAACCAAAGGCACACAGGCCAGUCUGCACUUGCCCCACUGGCUACGAAGGCGAUCCUGCAGUAAAGUGCUUCCUGUCAGAACCAUUGAGUUGUGCAAGCAACGCUGACUGUCCCCUGACUGAAGCUUGCAUUGACCAAAAAUGUCAACGGCCCUGUGAAGUUCGCAAUCCUUGUGCUCAAAAUGCUGUCUGCAUCAACACAAAUCAUGGCACAGAUUGCAGCUGUGCAGAAGGAUAUCAUGGGAAUGGAUAUGUGGGAUGUGUGCCAGUAACAGGACCAAAGAACGUUUGUCAGUACAAUGAGGACUGUCCUCCAGACAAGCUGUGUGACAGGCUGAACAGGGUUUGCAUAAAUCCUUGCUUGGAAGAAGCAUGUGGUGAAAAUGCUGAAUGUGUUCCAACAAAUCAUGCUAUUGACUGCAGAUGCUUAGCUGGCUACUCAGGAAAUCCUUAUGUACAGUGCAACAGAGUUGCAGGCUGCCGCAGUGACAAUGAAUGCCCUGCAAAUGAGGCCUGUGUUAAUGGCAGAUGUGGAAAUCCUUGUCAGUGUGGAAUUAACGCAGUAUGCAACGUUCUGAAACAUAAGCCAGUUUGUAAAUGUUUACAAGGAUAUACAGGAAACCCGGAAGUGGAAUGUAGAGCACCAUCGGAUCCUUGCAAUCCAAACCCUUGUGGCAUAAAUGCUAAGUGCGAGCUUGACAAUGGGAACCCAAUAUGUUACUGUCCUAAGGGAAUGACUGGCAAUCCGUUCAAAAACUGCAUUCCAGAGGGCGAGCCGUGCUCGCCGAACCCGUGCGGGCCCAACUCCGGGUGCCGGCGCGUGGCUGGGUCGCCCGUGUGUUUCUGCCUGCCCGAGUUCGAAGGUAGCCCGCCAGCGCGUCCGUGCCGGCCGCCGACCAGCCCGUGCGAACCGUCACCUUGCGGGCCCAACACGCAGUGCGCCGUGCAGCAGAGCGGCAUCGCACGCUGCACCUGCCUCCCCGGCUUCGUCGAGAGCCCCAACACGGUGCGCGGCUGCGUGCCUCGCCGCUCACACUGCGACCCGUCGCCAUGCGGGCCCGGCGCCGCCUGCGACCCCGACCGCGACCCACCAUGCUACUGCCCCGACAACACCGUGGGGAACCCGUACCGUGGCUGCGCAGAGCGCACCAAGACGCUGUGUAAGCCCGGUCCGUGCGGCGCGAACGCCGUGUGCUACGUGGUGUCGGGCGGCCGCGAGGAGUGCGACUGCCGGCCCGGCUUUUCCGGAGACGCGUACUCGGGUUGCACGGCGCAGCCGCCCAGCCCGUGCGAGCCGAACCCGUGCGGCCCCGGCGCGCGCUGCGAGGUGACCCCCAGCGGGCUGCCCAUGUGCCAGUGCCCCGCCGGGCUCUCGGGAGACCCGACCGGUCCCAAGGGCUGCGGCGGGCCCGAGUGCCGCACCGACGACGACUGCCCACUCACCCUGGCCUGCACCGGCCUGCGCUGCAGGGACCCCUGCCCCGGCUCCUGCGGCGUCGGCGCCUCCUGCCGCGUCGAGAAGCACCACCCCGUCUGCACCUGCCUGCACGGACUCGUCGGCAACCCGCUGCUGCGCUGCUCGCCUCCGCAAGCGUCUCCGUGCGAGCCCAGCCCGUGCGGCGCCAACACCCGCUGCCAGGUGAUGGGCGGGCGCGCCGUUUGCACCUGCCUGGACGGUUUCUUCGGCGACCCGCAGGCCGGCUGCCGGCCCGAGUGCACGCUCAACUCUGACUGCGCGCCCGACAAGGCGUGCCUCGACAUGCGCUGCGUCAACCCGUGCGCCGCGGGCGGCGGCUCGCUCUGCGGCCUGGGCGCCGUCUGCAACGUGCGCGACCACACCGCCGUCUGCGAGUGCCCGCCCGGCUACAUCGGCAGCGCAUUCCUGCAGUGCGUGCCCAGGCCUUCGCCGCCGCCAGAGGCGAACCUGACGGCGUGGCGGCCCUGCUCGCCGUCGCCGUGCCUGGCCGGCGAGACGUGCGACGCCGUGUCCGGCGGCGUGGCGGCGUGCCUGCCGUGCCGCGGCCCGCUCUGCCGGCCCGAGUGUCUCACCGACUCGGACUGCCCGUUCGACCGCGCGUGCGUGGGCCGCGCCUGCGUCGACCCCUGCCCCGGCGCCUGCGGCCUGCGCGCCGUCUGCCAGGUCGUCCGCCACCAGCCCAUCUGCAGCUGCCCGCCGCCGCUGCGCGGGAACCCCUUCGAGUACUGCGUACAGCCUGUUGCUGGAGACAAGACGGACACGUGUGCGACGGUGCGCUGCGGCGCUAACGCCGUGUGCCGCGAACGCGGAGGCGUCGUGGCCUGCGAGUGCGUGGCCGGCUUCGCGGGCGACCCGUACCUGGCGUGCCGCCCCGAGUGCGUCAUCAACUCCGACUGCCCGCGCGACAAGGCGUGCGUCAACAGCAAGUGCGUUGACCCCUGUGUCGGCGCCUGCGGCCUCAACGCCCAGUGCCAGUGCAUCAAUCACGUCGCUGUCUGCUACUGCCCACCGUCAACAUCCGGAGACCCGUUCGUCAACUGCUUCCCGUUCAAGCCUGAGCCGACGCUGCCGCGUCCGACGAACCCGUGCGACCCGUCGCCGUGCGGGCCCAACAGCCGCUGCCUGCCGUCCUCACAGGGCUACGCGGCGUGCUCGUGCCUGCCCGGCUACGUAGGCGCGCCGCCCGUUUGCAAGCCCGAGUGCGUCGUCAGCUCGGACUGCCCGCAGUGGCAGGCGUGCCUCAGCCAGCGCUGCGCCGACCCCUGCCCUGGCACUUGCGGGCUCAACGCGCUCUGCCAAGUCGUCAACCACAACCCCAUCUGCUCCUGCCCGCCCAACUACCAGGGAGACCCCUUCACCAGCUGCCACCCUCCUCUUGUGGAAGGCGAACCGAAGCAGCCGAGCGGCGACCCGUGCAAGCCGACGCCGUGCGGGCCGUACUCUGAGUGCGCCGUGAAGCAGGGCCGGCCCGUGUGCUCGUGCCAGGCCAGCUACCUGGGCAGCCCGCCCUUCUGCCGGCCCGAGUGCGUGCUCAGCCAGGAGUGCCCGCCCUCCAAGGCGUGCAUCAGUGAACGCUGCCGCGACCCCUGCCAGCAGGUGUGCGGCUCCAACGCCAAGUGCGACGUCGUCAACCACACGCCCUUCUGCUCCUGCCUGCCCGGCUUCGAGGGCGACGCUUUCGUCGGAUGUACGCCUGUGCGAGAGCCUGUGGACAUCCCGAUGGACCCGUGCAUGCCGAACCCGUGCGGCGUAAACGCUCAGUGCUCGUCGCAGAACGGCGCUGCGCGCUGCACGUGUAUCCCGCCCAACAUCGGCGACGCUUACGGCACGGGCUGUCGGCCCGAGUGCGUCAUCAACUCGGACUGCGCGGCGCACCUCGCUUGCGUCAACAAGCACUGCCGCGACCCCUGCCAGGGGCUGUGCGGCGCCGGCGCGCGCUGCGACGUCGUCAACCACGUCGCCGUCUGCAGCUGCCCGCCAGGGCUCAAGGGCGACCCCUUCAGCGCCUGCAGGGUCGAGAUCACCACUCCGGUGAUUGUGACCGAUCCGUGCCAACCGUCGCCUUGUGGACCAAACAGCGUGUGCCGCACUGUGUCUGGACACGCGGUGUGCUCCUGCCAGCAGGGCUUCCUGGGAUCACCGCCUUCCUGUAGACCCGAAUGCGUCGUCAGCUCUGAGUGCGCCCAAAACAAAGCGUGUAUCAAUCGCAAGUGCGUCGAUCCGUGCCCAGGGACCUGCGGCCUUAACGCACGAUGCCAGGUCAUCAACCACAAUCCCAUAUGCUCCUGUGCGCCUGAGUACACUGGAGAUCCGUUCACCAUCUGCAACGUGGCUAAAGGGCCGGAGAUGGUAUCGCAGAACCCGUGUGUGCCGUCACCGUGCGGUCCGAACGCUGAGUGCCGAGUGUCUGGAGAGCGCGCCGUGUGCAGCUGCUCGCCCGGUAUGCUGGGCACACCGCCCUCUUGCCGGCCGGAGUGCGUCAUCCACGAAGACUGCCCCGCCACGCUGGCGUGCGUGCGCGCGCGCUGCCGUGACCCCUGCGCCGGCUCCUGCGGCUUCAACGCGCGCUGCGAGGUGCGCGCGCACCAGCCCGUCUGCUCCUGUCUGCCCGGCUUCGAGGGCGACCCCUUCUCCGGCUGCAACCCCGUACAAGUGGUGGCAGUGGAAGCGCCGCGCCGGCCGUGCCAGCCGUCGCCGUGCGGGCCGAACGCCGAGUGCCGCGAGCGGCGCGGCGCGGGCGCGUGCUCGUGCCGACCCGGCUACCACGGCGACCCUUAUGCGGGCUGCCGGCCCGAGUGCGUGCUGUCGUCAGACUGCCCGCGGCACCUCGCCUGCACCGCCAACCGCUGCCGGGACCCGUGUCCCGGCACGUGCGGCGUGCGCGCCCUCUGCCUCGUCGCCAACCACGUGCCCACCUGUGGCUGCCCCGCCGGCUUCACUGGAGACGCUACCCGAUCAUGUUUCCCGAUACCUGCCAUACAAUAUUCGCCGCCGGCUCCCCGCGACCCGUGCGCGGCCGGGACUUGUGGUCCGCACAGCAAGUGCCGCGUCGUGGACGGGCACGCCGUUUGCAGCUGCAGGCCGGGCUGCGUUAACACGCCGCCCAACUGCCGGCCCGAGUGCGUCGUCAGCGCCGAGUGCGCGCUCAACAGGGCGUGCGUCGCGCAGCGCUGCGUUGAUCCCUGCCCCGGCACCUGCGGCCGCAAUGCGCGUUGCCUUGUCGUCAACCACAGCCCCGUCUGCAGCUGUGCUCCGGGCUACACAGGAGACCCUUUCGUUCGCUGCGUCAGACCUCAAACCCCUGCCGUGGUGGCGCCUGCGAGCAGUGACCCGUGCGUGCCCUCACCGUGCGGCCCCAGCUCGCAGUGUCGAUCUGUGGGCGGCAGGCCGGCUUGCACGUGCCUGCCCAACUACGUGGGCCGCGCGCCCAACUGCCGCCCCGAGUGCACCAUCGACGGUCAGUGCGCCGCCCACCUGGCUUGCCAGGGCAUGCGCUGCCGGGACCCGUGCCCCGGCUCCUGUGGGCCCUUCGCCGUCUGCAGGGUAGUCAAUCACGGGCCUGUCUGCACGUGCUUACCCGGAUAUAUUGGUGAUCCUUUCUCAGGAUGCACUCUUACAGCUGUCCAUCAAGAGCCAGUGACUCCCUGCAAUCCAUCGCCCUGCGGGGCAAAUGCCGUGUGCAAAGACCGCCACGGCGCAGGCUCUUGCACGUGCCUGCCCGGUUACUUCGGAGACCCUUACACGGGCUGCAGGCCCGAGUGCGUACUCAACACAGACUGCGACCGUAGCAAGGCGUGCGUCAAUAACAAGUGCAGGGACCCGUGUCCCGGCACCUGCGGGCUCAAUGCCGAAUGCCGCGUCGUCAACCACGCGCCUUCUUGCAGCUGUCUUCCUGGCUUUAUAGGCAACCCUCUCAAAAGUUGCCAAGCUAUUUCUGUGACUCAGCCGCCCGCACCGCAAGACCCGUGCCUGCCCUCGCCGUGCGGCGAGUUCGGCGUGUGCCGUGUGUCCGCCGGGCACGCCGUCUGCUCGUGUCAACAAGGCUACAUCGGCGCGCCGCCCACCUGCCGCCCCGAAUGUAUUGUGAGCGCAGACUGUCCUCAGGAUAAGGCCUGUACAAGGCAGAGAUGUGUAGACCCUUGCCCCGGCACAUGCGGGCUCAACGCGCGUUGCCAGGUGGUCAACCACAAUCCCAUCUGCUCCUGUGCUGCAGGACUCACGGGCGACCCGUUUGUGCGCUGCCACAAGGAAGACAAACCUAUAGUUCGUCCGCCGAGCGGCAAUCCAUGUGUUCCAUCUCCUUGUGGUCCAAACUCACAGUGUCGUGUGGUGGGCACACAGCCUGCGUGCUCAUGCUUGGCCAAUUACAUUGGCCGUCCGCCGAACUGCCGGCCAGAGUGCACGCUGAACGCUGAGUGUCCUAGCAACUUGGCUUGUCAAUCUGAACGCUGCAGGGAUCCUUGCCUAGGUUCUUGUGGACCACACACCACAUGUGUCGUCGUUAAACAUGCGCCAAUAUGCAAAUGCUUGCCAGGCUUUACGGGAGACCCGUUCGCCGGAUGCGUACCAGCACCAACUCAAUCGCCCGUCGAAGCACCACGAAACCCUUGCAACCCGUCGCCUUGUGGUGCCAACGCAGUGUGCAAGGAAAGGCAGGGAGCUGGAUCUUGUGUGUGUCUUCCUGAGUAUUUCGGAGACCCGUACUCAGGAUGCAGGCCAGAGUGUGUGCUUAACACCGACUGUGACCGAAGCAAGGCGUGCGUCAACAACAAGUGCAGGGAUCCGUGUCCCGGAACCUGCGGCAUCAAUGCGGAAUGUCGCGUCAUCAACCAUGCGCCUUCUUGCAGCUGUCUUCCAGGCUAUAUUGGAAACCCUCUUAACUCUUGCCAUCUGCCUCCUACUCCAACCGCAGAGCCGCCCCGGGACCCGUGCAAGCCGUCGCCCUGCGGCCCGUUCAGCGUGUGUCGCGUGACGAACGGACAUGCCGUCUGCUCGUGCCAGAGCGGCUACGUAGGGGCGCCGCCCACGUGCCGGCCAGAGUGCGUCGUCAGCACAGAGUGCCCGCAGGACAAGGCGUGCGUCAACCAGAAGUGCGUCGACCCCUGCCCCGGCACCUGCGGCCUCAAUGCCCGCUGCCAAGCCGUCAAUCAUAACCCCAUUUGCUCUUGCGCUCCCGGCUACACAGGAGACCCCUUCUCUAGAUGUAUCAAGGAGCAGAAGCCUAUAGCACAGCCGCCUAGUGGCAACCCGUGUGUGCCAUCACCGUGUGGGCCCAAUUCGCAGUGCCGUGUUGUCGGGACGUCCCCUGCAUGUUCUUGCCUGCCAAACUACGUGGGACGGCCACCCAACUGCCGGCCAGAGUGCACACUGAACGAGGAGUGCCCGAGUGCGCUGGCUUGUCAGUCUGAGCGCUGCAGAGACCCUUGUCCAGGCUCGUGCGGAGCGCACACUACUUGUACCGUAGUCAAGCACGCACCUAUAUGCACAUGUCUGCCAGGUUUCACAGGAGACCCAUUUGCCGGCUGCGCAGCUGUACCAUCUCAAGCGCCCGUCGAGACGCCACGAGACCCGUGUAAUCCAUCGCCUUGCGGUGCGAACGCGCUGUGUAAAGAAAGACAAGGCGCUGGCUCGUGUGUCUGCCUUCCUGAGUACUUCGGAGAUCCGUACACGGGAUGCAGGCCCGAGUGCGUGCUCAACACGGAUUGCGAUCGUAGCAAGGCUUGCGUUAACAACAAGUGCAGAGACCCGUGUCCCGGCACUUGCGGACUCAAUGCUGAAUGCCGCGUCGUCAACCACGCACCUUCUUGCAGCUGUUUACCAGGAUACAUUGGAAACCCUCUAAGUUCUUGCCAUCUCCCUCCGUCUAUACCAAAAGAAGAACCGACGAAGGACCCAUGCAAGCCGUCUCCCUGUGGGCCGUUCAGCGUGUGUCGUGUGACAAAUGGACACGCCGUCUGCUCGUGCCAGAAGGGCUAUAUAGGGGCUCCGCCCGCCUGCAAACCGGAGUGCGUCGUAAGCACAGAAUGUCCGCAGAACAGGGCGUGCGUCAAGCAGAAGUGCACAGACCCCUGCCCUGGUACAUGUGGCAUAAACGCUCGCUGCCAAGUCGUCAACCACAAUCCUCUGUGCUCUUGUGCCCCUGGUUUCACUGGAGAUCCAUUCACUAGGUGUAUUAAGGAAGAAAAACCAGUCGCACAACCGCCGAGCGGGAACCCGUGCGUGCCGUCGCCGUGCGGGCCCAACUCGCAGUGCCGCACCGUGGGCACUCAGCCCGCGUGCUCCUGUCUGCCUAACUACGUGGGGCGUCCGCCCAACUGCCGGCCCGAGUGCACGCGUAACGAGGAAUGCCCCAGCGCCCUCGCUUGCCAGUCGGAGCGCUGCAGGGACCCCUGCCCCGGCUCCUGCGGCGCACAGACCACGUGCACAGUCGUCAAGCAUGCGCCCAUGUGCCUCUGCAGGCCUGGUUUCACCGGCAACCCGUUCAGCGGGUGCUCCCAGAUUAUACAACUACCAACUUCAACGGAAGGCCCACGAGACCCAUGUAAUCCUUCGCCUUGUGGUGCGAACGCCGUAUGCAAAGAGCGCCAGGGCGCGGGCUCUUGUACGUGCUUACCCGAGUACUUUGGAGACCCUUACACGGGCUGCAGGCCCGAGUGCGUGCUCAACACAGACUGCGACCGUAGCAAGGCGUGCGUCAACAACAAGUGCAGGGACCCGUGUCCCGGCACCUGCGGAACCAACGCCGAGUGCCGUGUUGUCAACCACGCGCCUUCCUGUACCUGCCUGCCGGGAUACUCUGGAAAUCCCCUCACUGCAUGCGUACUCAGGGAGCCCACCGUGCAGGAGAAGCCGCGCAACCCGUGCGAGCCGUCGCCGUGCGGGCCCAACAGCGUGUGCCGCGUCACGGACGGACACGCCGUCUGCUCGUGCAGCACCGGCUUCGUGGGCGCGCCGCCCAACUGUCGGCCCGAGUGCCUCGUGAGCUCCGAGUGCCCGCAGAACAGAGCGUGCUCGCGCCAGAAGUGCGUAGACCCGUGCCCCGGCACCUGCGGCAGGGCCGCGCGCUGCCAGGUAGUCAACCACAACCCCAUCUGCUCGUGCCCGCCGGGAUACACUGGAGACCCCUUCUCCCGCUGCGUCAAAGAGCAGCCCGUGACGCCCCCCGCGCCGCCGAGGGACCCUUGCUCGCCGUCGCCGUGCGGACCCAACUCGCAGUGCCGCGCCGUGGGCUCGCAGCCCGCGUGCUCCUGCCUGCCCAACUACGUGGGGCGAGCCCCCAACUGCCGGCCCGAGUGCUCCUCUGACGGCGACUGCCCCGGCAACAGGGCGUGCCGUGACCUGCGCUGCGUCGACCCGUGCCGAGGCGCGUGCGGCUUCCUCGCCAUGUGCGUGGCAGCCAACCACCGCGCCGUCUGCACCUGCCCGCAGAACUACCGCGGCGACCCCAACACCAACUGCGUGCUCGCCCCGCCAUCGACGGAGCGCACGCCUGCGUCGACGCCGUGCCAGCCGUCGCCCUGCGGGCCGAACGCCGAGUGCCGCGAGCGCGGCGGCGCCGGCGCGUGCUCGUGCCUGCCCGGCUACCAGGGAGACCCGUACGCCAAGGACGGCGCGCGCGGCUGCCGGCGCGAGUGCGAGGCGUCCAGCGACUGCGCGCCGCACCUGGCCUGCGUCGCCUACCGCUGCGCCGACCCCUGCCCCAACACCUGCGGGGUCGGAGCCGUCUGCACCGUCGCUAACCACGUACCCGUCUGCAACUGCCCACCCGACUUCACCGGAGACCCAUUCUUCUCCUGCCGCCGUGUGCAAGUCACCACUCGGCCGACGGUGGUCGACCCGUGCGUGCCCAGCCCGUGCGGGCCGAACGGCGUGUGCCGCGUGGUGAACGAGCAGGCGGUGUGCUCGUGCCUGGCGGGCUACAUCGGUGCCCCGCCCAACUGCCGGCCCGAAUGCGUCGUCAGCUCCGAGUGUCCGGAUGACCGCGCCUGCAUUAACAACAAGUGCGCCGACCCGUGCCCCAACACGUGCGGCGUGGGCGCCCGCUGCAGCGCACGCAACCACAGCCCCAUCUGCGCCUGUCCGCAGGGCACCACCGGGGACCCAUUCUCCAGGUGCACGCGUCUACCGCCAGUGGUGGACGAGCCGGUGACGCCGCGGCCGCCGUCGUGCACGCCAUCGCCGUGCGGGCCGAACGCCCAGUGCCAGAUGGUGGGCGGGGUGCCCGCGUGUUCGUGCCUGCCGGACUACCGCGGCUCGCCGCCCAACUGCCGGCCCGAGUGCGUGCUCAGCUCCGAGUGCCCCAGCCAGCUGGCGUGCGUGCGCCUGCGCUGCCAGGACCCGUGCCCCGGCUCGUGCGGCCACGGCGCCGAGUGCAGGGUCCAGAACCACGUGCCCGUCUGCACUUGCGGGCCGGGACUCACCGGUGACCCCUUCUCGCGGUGCGACCCCAUCCCGGUCACGCCCAGCACCGAGGCCACCGUCACCGACCCGUGCAGUCCGUCGCCUUGCGGUCCUAACGCCAUCUGCAGCGGCCAAGGAGAGUGUACCUGCCUGCCCGACUACCAGGGCAACCCGUACGAGGAGUGCCGGCCGGAGUGCGUGACGAACGGCGAGUGCCCGCGCGACAAGGCGUGCCUGCGCAGCAAGUGCCGCGACCCGUGCGUCGGCACCUGUGGCCAGAACGCGCGCUGUGACGUCGUCAACCACAUCCCCGUCUGCGCCUGCCUCGACGGCUACACCGGCGACCCCUUCACCAACUGCAGAAUCGCCCUCACAGAGAAACCGCCGUCUCCUAUUGACCAGUGCAGGCCGUCGCCUUGCGGGCCCAACAGCCAGUGCCGCGCGUCGGACGGUCACGCCGUGUGCUCCUGCCUGUCUGGCUACGUGGGCGCGCCGCCUUCCUGCAGGCCCGAAUGCGUCGUCAGCGCCGAGUGUCCGCAGACGCGCGCCUGCGUCAACAAGAAGUGCACCGACCCCUGCCUAGGUUCCUGCGGCCUGGGAGCGCGCUGCGAGGUCAUCAACCACAGCCCCAUCUGCUCCUGCCGACCUGGCCAGACUGGCGAUCCGUUCCGAAGCUGCCAGGACCUACCACCGCCGACGAAGGAUGAGCCGGUGAGCCCUUGCGAGCCGUCGCCGUGCGGUCCGAACGCGCAGUGCCAGCCGGCGGGAGGCGUGCCGUCGUGCUCGUGCCUGGAAGGCUACGUCGGCUCUCCGCCCAACUGCCGGCCCGAGUGCGUCAUCAGCCCCGACUGCCCGUCAAACCUGGCGUGCGUCAACGGCAAGUGCCGCGACCCUUGCCCCGGCUCCUGCGGCGUCAACGCGCAGUGCCAGAUCAUCAGCCACGCUGUCACCUGCAUAUGCGCCCCUGGCUACACCGGCGAUCCCUUCGUGCAGUGCACGCCACACAUACCCGCCGAGGAGUCGCGCAACCCGUGCGAGCCGUCGCCGUGCGGCACGAACGCGGUGUGCAGCCAGCGCAACGGCGCGGGCUCGUGCGCCUGCCUGCCCGACUACCAGGGCAACCCGUACGAGGCGUGCCGGCCCGAGUGCGUGCUCAGCUCCGACUGCCCCACGGACCGCGCCUGCCAGAGGAACCGCUGCGAGGACCCCUGCCCGGGCGUGUGCGGCCUCAACGCGCAGUGCUCCGUCAUCAACCACAUCCCCACCUGCACCUGCCUGCCCGGCUACGAGGGCGACCCCUUCGCCACCUGCACACGGACGCCGCCGGCAGUGACGACGCCGCAGACAGUUCGAGAACCUUGUCAGCCGUCGCCGUGCGGUCCCAACAGCCAGUGCCGCGCGGUCGGCGGCCAGGCGGUGUGCUCGUGCCAGCAGGGCUACAGCGGCGCGCCGCCCAACUGCCGGCCCGAGUGCGUCGUCAACGCCGAGUGCCAGCAGACGCGCGCCUGCCACCGCUUCAAGUGCGCGGACCCCUGCCCGGGCACGUGCGGCCUCGAGGCGCGCUGCCAAGUCAUCAACCACAACCCCAUCUGCUCCUGCCCGCCCGGCUACACAGGCGACCCGUUCGCGCGCUGCUACCGCCAGCCGGCCGAGCCGGUGCAGCCGGCCACUCCCGUCGACCCCUGCAGGCCUUCACCGUGCGGGCCCAACGCAGACUGCCAGCCACAGGGAGACCGUCCUUCGUGUUCCUGCCGACCUGGCUACAUCGGAGUGCCGCCCUCGUGCCGACCGGAGUGUGUAGUCAACACAGACUGUGCACCAACGAAGGCCUGUGUGGCUGAGAAGUGUCGCGAUCCUUGCGCCGGCUCGUGCGGCUUCGGCGCCGAGUGUCGCGUGCAGAACCACAUCCCUACCUGCACCUGCCCUGCCGGUAUGACUGGUGACCCGUUCGUCACGUGCACGCAGCUCGUGGUGGAGAAGCCGCCGCCAGAAGACCCGUGCAACCCGUCGCCCUGCGGCCCCGGCGCGCGAUGCGACGACGGCAGCUGCAGCUGCCCGCCCGAGUACCAGGGCGACCCCUACUCGGCCGCCGGCUGCCGGCCCGAGUGCACCACCAACAACGACUGCCCGCGCAACCGCGCCUGCACCAACUUCCGCUGCGUCGACCCGUGCGCCGGCACCUGCGGCCAGGGCGCGCGCUGCGACGUCGUCAACCACAUCCCUACCUGCUCCUGCCCGGAGGGAACGUCUGGCGACCCCUUCACUCUCUGCAGAACUGUACAAGCUGUCGAAGCUACGCGAGAUCCGUGCCAGCCGUCGCCCUGCGGCUCCGGCGGGCUGUGCCGGGUGGUGGACGGCCACGCGGUGUGCUCGUGCCAGCCGGGCCUGGUGGGCGCGCCGCCCUCUUGCCGGCCCGAGUGCGUCGUCAGCGCCGAGUGCCCGCUCACGCAUGCCUGCCUCGCCACCAAGUGCGUCGACCCGUGCCCGGGCACCUGCGGCGUCAACGCGCGCUGCCACGUCGUCAACCACAACCCCAUCUGCUCCUGUGCACCGGGCUUCACCGGUGAUCCCUUCUCCAGAUGCUUCCAGCAGCGAGUUCCAGAGGACAAGCCGACAGUGCCGGAGAACCCCUGCUUGCCUUCGCCGUGCGGUCCGAACGCGCAAUGCCAAGUCCGAGGGGCCGGCCCCGCUUGCACGUGUCUCGACGGUUACGUGGGCGCACCGCCCUCUUGUAGGCCCGAGUGUACCAUCAAUCCCGAGUGCCAAAGUAGGUUCGCGUGUAUCAAUCAGCGUUGCGCUGACCCGUGUCCGGGAUCGUGCGGUUCGAAUGCCGAGUGCCGCGUCGUGAAUCACACGCCCGUCUGCAGCUGCGUCCCUGGAUUCACCGGAGACCCCUUCACCGGAUGCAGUCCUGCUCCACAAGCUGUAGCCGUGCCCCAGGAGAGGCCAACGCCCUGCUCUCCGUCGCCAUGUGGUUCGAAUGCAGUGUGUAGGGAACAGAAUGGCGCUGGAUCUUGCACUUGUCUACCAGAGUAUGUGGGCAAUCCGUACGAAGGCUGUCGGCCAGAGUGCGUGGUGAACACUGACUGUGCUCCCAACAGGGCAUGUAUUCGUAACAAGUGCCAAGACUCAUGCCCCGGCACGUGUGGCCCGAAUGCAGACUGCCAGGUGGUCAAUCACCUGCCAUCGUGCACAUGCCGGCCGGGAUACACUGGAGACCCGUUCCGAUACUGCACAGUGCAGGCUAGCGAACCUGUGGUAGCUGAACCAGGAGAUCCGUGCAGCCCAUCGCCAUGUGGUCCUAACAGCCAAUGUCGCCAAGUGAAUGGGCAGGCUGUGUGCUCAUGCCUACCGUCGUACAUUGGCAGUCCACCAGGCUGUAGACCAGAGUGUGUGGUGAGCUCCGAAUGCCCGCAGAACCGAGCCUGUGUGAACCAGAAGUGUGUGGACCCUUGCCCUGGGCCGUGUGGCCUCAAUACUCGCUGCCAGGUGAUCAACCACAGCCCAAUAUGCAGUUGCAAACAAGGAUAUACCGGAGACCCCUUCGCCAGAUGCCAUCCAAUUCCACCUCCACCUCAGAGGCCGAGUGCCCCAGUAGUUGUGAAUCCUUGCAUCCCAUCACCAUGUGGGCCGUAUUCUGAAUGUCGUGAUACAGGUGGCAAUCCUUCAUGCUCAUGCCUGGCAAAUUACAUUGGCGCUCCACCAAACUGCCGUCCCGAGUGCUCCAUCAACUCGGAGUGCCCCAGCAACAGGGCUUGUAUCCGGGAGAAGUGUCGUGACCCAUGUCCUGGGUCGUGUGGCAUUGGCGCACAGUGCAGUGUGAUCAACCACACCCCGGUGUGCACAUGCCCUGAGGGGUACACAGGAGAUCCAUUCACCAACUGCUUCCCAAAACCGACAAUUGCAGAACCUGUGGAAUCGGACCCGUGCAAUCCUUCGCCUUGCGGGCCUAACGCCGAAUGCCGAGAUGGCAGUUGUACUUGUCUUCCAGAAUACCAAGGAGACCCAUACACUGGUUGCCGGCCAGAGUGCGUGUUGAGUACUGAUUGUGACAGGACGAAAGCUUGCAUCAGGAACAAGUGUGCUGACCCCUGCCCAGGAACUUGCGGACAGGGUGCUCGAUGCGACGUAGUCAACCACAUCCCCAUCUGUACCUGUCCAGAAGGCACCUCUGGAAAUGCCUUCAUUCAGUGCCGGCCUAUUCCACCUCCCGUGGCAACACAGCCAUGCAACCCGUCUCCAUGCGGUCCCAACAGCCAAUGUCGGGAGAUUAACGGCCAGGCUGUAUGUUCAUGUGUGCCGGGCUACCUUGGAAGCCCACCGGCGUGCAGGCCAGAGUGCGUUGUGAGUUCAGAUUGCAGCCAGAAUGAAGCCUGCAGCAACCAGAAAUGUAGAAAUCCUUGCCCAGGAACGUGUGGAAUUGGGGCUAAGUGUCAGGUGGUGAAUCACAACCCUAUCUGUAGCUGUCCACCGCGCCACACUGGAGACCCGUUCACCAGAUGCCUGCCCAUACCUGAUUCGCCGGUGAGCAAGCCAGUGAACCCUUGCCAGCCGUCACCUUGUGGUCCAAAUGCUCAGUGCAAGGUAGCUGGAGACAGCCCCUCUUGCUCGUGCCUGCCAGAAUUCAAAGGCUCGCCACCAAACUGUCGGCCUGAGUGCGUCAGCAACAGCGAGUGUGCCAGCCAUCUGGCCUGUAUGGGGCAGAAGUGCAAAGACCCCUGUCCCGGAGCUUGUGGAUCAAAUGCUGAGUGCCGAGUGGUCAGCCACACGCCUACGUGUGUGUGUGCGGUUGGAUACACUGGAGACCCGUUCUCUCAGUGCUUUGUACAACUUCGUGCAGAGGAUAAUUGUGACUUGUGGCUUUCAGCUGUAGCCGUGCCCCAGGAGAGGCCAACGCCCUGCUCUCCGUCGCCAUGUGGUUCGAAUGCAGUGUGUAGGGAACAGAAUGGCGCUGGAUCUUGCACUUGUCUACCAGAGUAUGUGGGCAAUCCGUACGAAGGCUGUCGGCCAGAGUGCGUGGUGAACACUGACUGUGCUCCCAACAGGGCAUGUAUUCGUAACAAGUGCCAAGACUCAUGCCCCGGCACGUGUGGCCCGAAUGCAGACUGCCAGGUGGUCAAUCACCUGCCAUCGUGCACAUGCCGGCCGGGAUACACUGGAGACCCGUUCCGAUACUGCACAGUGCAGGCUAGCGAACCUGUGGUAGCUGAACCAGGAGAUCCGUGCAGCCCAUCGCCAUGUGGUCCUAACAGCCAAUGUCGCCAAGUGAAUGGGCAGGCUGUGUGCUCAUGCCUACCGUCGUACAUUGGCAGUCCACCAGGCUGUAGACCAGAGUGUGUGGUGAGCUCCGAAUGCCCGCAGAACCGAGCCUGUGUGAACCAGAAGUGUGUGGACCCUUGCCCUGGGCCGUGUGGCCUCAAUACUCGCUGCCAGGUGAUCAACCACAGCCCAAUAUGCAGUUGCAAACAAGGAUAUACCGGAGACCCCUUCGCCAGAUGCCAUCCAAUUCCACCCGUGCCCCAGGAGAGGCCAACGCCCUGCUCUCCGUCGCCAUGUGGUUCGAAUGCAGUGUGUAGGGAACAGAAUGGCGCUGGAUCUUGCACUUGUCUACCAGAGUAUGUGGGCAAUCCGUACGAAGGCUGUCGGCCAGAGUGCGUGGUGAACACUGACUGUGCUCCCAACAGGGCAUGUAUUCGUAACAAGUGCCAAGACCCAUGCCCCGGCACGUGUGGCCCGAAUGCAGACUGCCAGGUGGUCAAUCACCUGCCAUCGUGCACAUGCCGGCCGGGAUACACUGGAGACCCGUUCCGAUACUGCACAGUGCAGGCUAGCGAACCUGUGGUAGCUGAACCAGGAGAUCCGUGCAGCCCAUCGCCAUGUGGUCCUAACAGCCAAUGUCGCCAAGUGAAUGGGCAGGCUGUGUGCUCAUGCCUACCGUCGUACAUUGGCAGUCCACCAGGCUGUAGACCAGAGUGUGUGGUGAGCUCCGAAUGCCCGCAGAACCGAGCCUGUGUGAACCAGAAGUGUGUGGACCCUUGCCCUGGGCCGUGUGGCCUCAAUACUCGCUGCCAGGUGAUCAACCACAGCCCAAUAUGCAGUUGCAAACAAGGAUAUACCGGAGACCCCUUCGCCAGAUGCCAUCCAAUUCCACGUAAGCUUCUGGAGCCUUGGGUUUUUCUAGUGUGUGUGAUGCAAUAUGGCCUUGGUGACAGCGCAGGACUGACCUAGAACGUUGUUUCUUUUCUCUUUUUAGCUCCACCUCAGAGGCCGAGUGCCCCAGUAGUUGUGAAUCCUUGCAUCCCAUCACCAUGUGGGCCGUAUUCUGAAUGUCGUGAUACAGGUGGCAAUCCUUCAUGCUCAUGCCUGGCAAAUUACAUUGGCGCUCCACCAAACUGCCGUCCCGAGUGCUCCAUCAACUCGGAGUGCCCCAGCAACAGGGCUUGUAUCCGGGAGAAGUGUCGUGACCCAUGUCCUGGGUCGUGUGGCAUUGGCGCACAGUGCAGUGUGAUCAACCACACCCCGGUGUGCACAUGCCCUGAGGGGUACACAGGAGAUCCAUUCACCAACUGCUUCCCAAAACCGACAAUUGCAGAACCUGUGGAAUCGGACCCGUGCAAUCCUUCGCCUUGCGGGCCUAACGCCGAAUGCCGAGAUGGCAGUUGUACUUGUCUUCCAGAAUACCAAGGAGACCCAUACACUGGUUGCCGGCCAGAGUGCGUGUUGAGUACUGAUUGUGACAGGACGAAAGCUUGCAUCAGGAACAAGUGUGCUGACCCCUGCCCAGGAACUUGCGGACAGGGUGCUCGAUGCGACGUAGUCAACCACAUCCCCAUUUGUACCUGUCCAGAAGGCACCUCUGGAAACGCCUUCAUUCAGUGCCGGCCUAUUCCACCUCCCGUGGCAACACAGCCAUGCAACCCGUCUCCAUGCGGUCCCAACAGCCAAUGUCGGGAGAUUAACGGUCAGGCUGUAUGUUCAUGUGUGCCGGGCUACCUUGGAAGCCCACCGGCGUGCAGGCCAGAGUGCGUUGUGAGUUCCGAUUGCAGCCAGAAUGAAGCCUGCAGCAACCAGAAAUGUAGAAAUCCUUGCCCAGGAACGUGUGGAAUUGGGGCUAAGUGUCAGGUGGUGAAUCACAACCCUAUCUGUAGCUGUCCACCGCGCCACACGGGAGACCCGUUCACCAGAUGCCUGCCCAUACCUGAUUCGCCGGUGAGCAAGCCAGUGAACCCUUGCCAGCCGUCACCUUGUGGUCCAAAUGCUCAGUGCAAGGUAGCUGGAGACAGCCCCUCUUGCUCGUGCCUGCCAGAAUUCAAAGGCUCGCCACCAAACUGUCGGCCUGAGUGCGUCAGCAACAGCGAGUGUGCCAGCCAUCUGGCCUGUAUGGGGCAGAAGUGCAAAGACCCCUGUCCCGGAGCUUGUGGAUCAAAUGCUGAGUGCCGAGUGGUCAGCCACACGCCUACGUGUGUGUGUGCGGUUGGAUACACUGGAGACCCGUUCUCUCAGUGCUUUGUACAACCCGUGCCCCAGGAGAGGCCAACGCCAUGCUCUCCGUCGCCAUGUGGUUCGAAUGCAGUGUGUAGGGAACAGAAUGGCGCUGGAUCUUGCACUUGUCUACCAGAGUAUGUGGGCAAUCCGUACGAAGGGUGUCGGCCAGAGUGCGUGGUGAACACUGACUGUGCUCCCAACAGGGCAUGUAUUCGUAACAAGUGCCAAGACCCAUGCCCCGGCACGUGUGGCCCGAAUGCAGACUGCCAGGUGGUCAAUCACCUGCCAUCGUGCACAUGCCGGCCGGGAUACACUGGAGACCCGUUCCGAUACUGCACAGUGCAGGCUAGCGAACCUGUGGUAGCUGAACCAGGAGAUCCGUGCAGCCCAUCGCCAUGUGGUCCUAACAGCCAAUGUCGCCAAGUGAAUGGGCAGGCUGUGUGCUCAUGCCUACCGUCGUACAUUGGCAGUCCACCAGGCUGUAGACCAGAGUGUGUGGUGAGCUCCGAAUGCCCGCAGAACCGAGCCUGUGUGAACCAGAAGUGUGUGGACCCUUGCCCUGGGCCGUGUGGCCUCAAUACUCGCUGCCAGGUGAUCAACCACAGCCCAAUAUGCAGUUGCAAACAAGGAUAUACCGGAGACCCCUUCGCCAGAUGCCAUCCAAUUCCACCUCCACCUCAGAGGCCGAGUGCCCCAGUAGUUGUGAAUCCUUGCAUCCCAUCACCAUGUGGGCCGUAUUCUGAAUGUCGUGAUACAGGUGGCAAUCCUUCAUGCUCAUGCCUGGCAAAUUACAUUGGCGCUCCACCAAACUGCCGUCCCGAGUGCUCCAUCAACUCGGAGUGCCCCAGCAACAGGGCUUGUAUCCGGGAGAAGUGUCGUGACCCAUGUCCUGGGUCGUGUGGCAUUGGCGCACAGUGCAGUGUGAUCAACCACACCCCGGUGUGCACAUGCCCUGAGGGGUACACAGGAGAUCCAUUCACCAACUGCUUCCCAAAACCGACAAUUGCAGAACCUGUGGAAUCGGACCCGUGCAAUCCUUCGCCUUGCGGGCCUAACGCCGAAUGCCGAGAUGGCAGUUGUACUUGUCUUCCAGAAUACCAAGGAGACCCAUACACUGGUUGCCGGCCAGAGUGCGUGUUGAGUACUGAUUGUGACAGGACGAAAGCUUGCAUCAGGAACAAGUGUGCUGACCCCUGCCCAGGAACUUGCGGACAGGGUGCUCGAUGCGACGUAGUCAACCACAUCCCCAUCUGUACCUGUCCAGAAGGCACCUCUGGAAAUGCCUUCAUUCAGUGCCGGCCUAUUCCACCUCCCGUGGCAACACAGCCAUGCAACCCGUCUCCAUGCGGUCCCAACAGCCAAUGUCGGGAGAUUAACGGCCAGGCUGUAUGUUCAUGUGUGCCGGGCUACCUUGGAAGCCCACCGGCGUGCAGGCCAGAGUGCGUUGUGAGUUCAGAUUGCAGCCAGAAUGAAGCCUGCAGCAACCAGAAAUGUAGAAAUCCUUGCCCAGGAACGUGUGGAAUUGGGGCUAAGUGUCAGGUGGUGAAUCACAACCCUAUCUGUAGCUGUCCACCGCGCCACACGGGAGACCCGUUCACCAGAUGCCUGCCCAUACCUGAUUCGCCGGUGAGCAAGCCAGUGAACCCUUGCCAGCCGUCACCUUGUGGUCCAAAUGCUCAGUGCAAGGUAGCUGGAGACAGUCCCUCUUGCUCGUGCCUGCCAGAAUUCAAAGGCUCGCCACCAAACUGUCGGCCUGAGUGCGUCAGCAACAGCGAGUGUGCCAGCCAUCUGGCCUGUAUGGGGCAGAAGUGCAAAGACCCCUGUCCCGGAGCUUGUGGAUCAAAUGCUGAGUGCCGAGUGGUCAGCCACACGCCUACGUGUGUGUGUGCGGUUGGAUACACUGGAGACCCGUUCUCUCAGUGCUUUGUACAACCUGUAGCCGUGCCCCAGGAGAGGCCAACGCCCUGCUCUCCGUCGCCAUGUGGUUCGAAUGCAGUGUGUAGGGAACAGAAUGGCGCUGGAUCUUGCACUUGUCUACCAGAGUAUGUGGGCAAUCCGUACGAAGGCUGUCGGCCAGAGUGCGUGGUGAACACUGACUGUGCUCCCAACAGGGCAUGUAUUCGUAACAAGUGCCAAGACCCAUGCCCCGGCACGUGUGGCCCGAAUGCAGACUGCCAGGUGGUCAAUCACCUGCCAUCGUGCACAUGCCGGCCGGGAUACACUGGAGACCCGUUCCGAUACUGCACAGUGCAGGCUAGCGAACCUGUGGUAGCUGAACCAGGAGAUCCGUGCAGCCCAUCGCCAUGUGGUCCUAACAGCCAAUGUCGCCAAGUGAAUGGGCAGGCUGUGUGCUCAUGCCUACCGUCGUACAUUGGCAGUCCACCAGGCUGUAGACCAGAGUGUGUGGUGAGCUCCGAAUGCCCGCAGAACCGAGCCUGUGUGAACCAGAAGUGUGUGGACCCUUGCCCUGGGCCGUGUGGCCUCAAUACUCGCUGCCAGGUGAUCAACCACAGCCCAAUAUGCAGUUGCAAACAAGGAUAUACCGGAGACCCCUUCGCCAGAUGCCAUCCAAUUCCACCUCCACCUCAGAGGCCGAGUGCCCCAGUAGUUGUGAAUCCUUGCAUCCCAUCACCAUGUGGGCCGUAUUCUGAAUGUCGUGAUACAGGUGGCAAUCCUUCAUGCUCAUGCCUGGCAAAUUACAUUGGCGCUCCACCAAACUGCCGUCCCGAGUGCUCCAUCAACUCGGAGUGCCCCAGCAACAGGGCUUGUAUCCGGGAGAAGUGUCGUGACCCAUGUCCUGGGUCGUGUGGCAUUGGCGCACAGUGCAGUGUGAUCAACCACACCCCGGUGUGCACAUGCCCUGAGGGGUACACAGGAGAUCCAUUCACCAACUGCUUCCCAAAACCGACAACUCCACCUCAGAGGCCGAAACCUGUGGAAUCGGACCCGUGCAAUCCUUCGCCUUGCGGGCCUAACGCCGAAUGCCGAGAUGGCAGUUGUACUUGUCUUCCAGAAUACCAAGGAGACCCAUACACUGGUUGCCGGCCAGAGUGCGUGUUGAGUACUGAUUGUGACAGGACGAAAGCUUGCAUCAGGAACAAGUGUGCUGACCCCUGCCCAGGAACUUGCGGACAGGGUGCUCGAUGCGACGUAGUCAACCACAUCCCCAUCUGUACCUGUCCAGAAGGCACCUCUGGAAAUGCCUUCAUUCAGUGCCGGCCUAUUCCACCUCCCGUGGCAACACAGCCAUGCAACCCGUCUCCAUGCGGUCCCAACAGCCAAUGUCGGGAGAUUAACGGCCAGGCUGUAUGUUCAUGUGUGCCGGGCUACCUUGGAAGCCCACCGGCGUGCAGGCCAGAGUGCGUUGUGAGUUCCGAUUGCAGCCAGAAUGAAGCCUGCAGCAACCAGAAAUGUAGAAAUCCUUGCCCAGGAACGUGUGGAAUUGGGGCUAAGUGUCAGGUGGUGAAUCACAACCCUAUCUGUAGCUGUCCACCGCGCCACACGGGAGACCCGUUCACCAGAUGCCUGCCCAUACCUGAUUCGCCGGUGAGCAAGCCAGUGAACCCUUGCCAGCCGUCACCUUGUGGUCCAAAUGCUCAGUGCAAGGUAGCUGGAGACAGCCCCUCUUGCUCGUGCCUGCCAGAAUUCAAAGGCUCGCCACCAAACUGUCGGCCUGAGUGCGUCAGCAACAGCGAGUGUGCCAGCCAUCUGGCCUGUAUGGGGCAGAAGUGCAAAGACCCCUGUCCCGGAGCUUGUGGAUCAAAUGCUGAGUGCCGAGUGGUCAGCCACACGCCUACGUGUGUGUGUGCGGUUGGAUACACUGGAGACCCGUUCUCUCAGUGCUUUGUACAACCUGUAGCCGUGCCCCAGGAGAGGCCAACGCCCUGCUCUCCGUCGCCAUGUGGUUCGAAUGCAGUGUGUAGGGAACAGAAUGGCGCUGGAUCUUGCACUUGUCUACCAGAGUAUGUGGGCAAUCCGUACGAAGGCUGUCGGCCAGAGUGCGUGGUGAACACUGACUGUGCUCCCAACAGGGCAUGUAUUCGUAACAAGUGCCAAGACCCAUGCCCCGGCACGUGUGGCCCGAAUGCAGACUGCCAGGUGGUCAAUCACCUGCCAUCGUGCACAUGCCGGCCGGGAUACACUGGAGACCCGUUCCGAUACUGCACAGUGCAGGCUAGCGAACCUGUGGUAGCUGAACCAGGAGAUCCGUGCAGCCCAUCGCCAUGUGGUCCUAACAGCCAAUGUCGCCAAGUGAAUGGGCAGGCUGUGUGCUCAUGCCUACCGUCGUACAUUGGCAGUCCACCAGGCUGUAGACCAGAGUGUGUGGUGAGCUCCGAAUGCCCGCAGAACCGAGCCUGUGUGAACCAGAAGUGUGUGGACCCUUGCCCUGGGCCGUGUGGCCUCAAUACUCGCUGCCAGGUGAUCAACCACAGCCCAAUAUGCAGUUGCAAACAAGGAUAUACCGGAGACCCCUUCGCCAGAUGCCAUCCAAUUCCACCUCCACCUCAGAGGCCGAGUGCCCCAGUAGUUGUGAAUCCUUGCAUCCCAUCACCAUGUGGGCCGUAUUCUGAAUGUCGUGAUACAGGUGGCAAUCCUUCAUGCUCAUGCCUGGCAAAUUACAUUGGCGCUCCACCAAACUGCCGUCCCGAGUGCUCCAUCAACUCGGAGUGCCCCAGCAACAGGGCUUGUAUCCGGGAGAAGUGUCGUGACCCAUGUCCUGGGUCGUGUGGCAUUGGCGCACAGUGCAGUGUGAUCAACCACACCCCGGUGUGCACAUGCCCUGAGGGGUACACAGGAGAUCCAUUCACCAACUGCUUCCCAAAACCGACAAUUGCAGAACCUGUGGAAUCGGACCCGUGCAAUCCUUCGCCUUGCGGGCCUAACGCCGAAUGCCGAGAUGGCAGUUGUACUUGUCUUCCAGAAUACCAAGGAGACCCAUACACUGGUUGCCGGCCAGAGUGCGUGUUGAGUACUGAUUGUGACAGGACGAAAGCUUGCAUCAGGAACAAGUGUGCUGACCCCUGCCCAGGAACUUGCGGACAGGGUGCUCGAUGCGACGUAGUCAACCACAUCCCCAUCUGUACCUGUCCAGAAGGCACCUCUGGAAAUGCCUUCAUUCAGUGCCGGCCUAUUCCACCUCCCGUGGCAACACAGCCAUGCAACCCGUCUCCAUGCGGUCCCAACAGCCAAUGUCGGGAGAUUAACGGCCAGGCUGUAUGUUCAUGUGUGCCGGGCUACCUUGGAAGCCCACCGGCGUGCAGGCCAGAGUGCGUUGUGAGUUCCGAUUGCAGCCAGAAUGAAGCCUGCAGCAACCAGAAAUGUAGAAAUCCUUGCCCAGGAACGUGUGGAAUUGGGGCUAAGUGUCAGGUGGUGAAUCACAACCCUAUCUGUAGCUGUCCACCGCGCCACACGGGAGACCCGUUCACCAGAUGCCUGCCCAUACCUGAUUCGCCGGUGAGCAAGCCAGUGAACCCUUGCCAGCCGUCACCUUGUGGUCCAAAUGCUCAGUGCAAGGUAGCUGGAGACAGCCCCUCUUGCUCGUGCCUGCCAGAAUUCAAAGGCUCGCCACCAAACUGUCGGCCUGAGUGCGUCAGCAACAGCGAGUGUGCCAGCCAUCUGGCCUGUAUGGGGCAGAAGUGCAAAGACCCCUGUCCCGGAGCUUGUGGAUCAAAUGCUGAGUGCCGAGUGGUCAGCCACACGCCUACGUGUGUGUGUGCGGUUGGAUACACUGGAGACCCGUUCUCUCAGUGCUUUGUACAACCCGUGCCCCAGGAGAGGCCAACGCCCUGCUCUCCGUCGCCAUGUGGUUCGAAUGCAGUGUGUAGGGAACAGAAUGGCGCUGGAUCUUGCACUUGUCUACCAGAGUAUGUGGGCAAUCCGUACGAAGGCUGUCGGCCAGAGUGCGUGGUGAACACUGACUGUGCUCCCAACAGGGCAUGUAUUCGUAACAAGUGCCAAGACCCAUGCCCCGGCACGUGUGGCCCGAAUGCAGACUGCCAGGUUGUCAAUCACCUGCCAUCGUGCACAUGCCGGCCGGGAUACACUGGAGACCCGUUCCGAUACUGCACAGUGCAGGCUAGCGAACCUGUGGUAGCUGAACCAGGAGAUCCGUGCAGCCCAUCGCCGUGUGGUCCUAACAGCCAAUGUCGCCAAGUGAAUGGGCAGGCUGUGUGCUCAUGCCUACCGUCGUACAUUGGCAGUCCACCAGGCUGUAGACCGGAGUGUGUGGUGAGCUCCGAAUGCCCGCAGAACCGAGCCUGUGUGAACCAGAAGUGUGUGGACCCUUGCCCUGGGCCGUGUGGCCUCAAUACUCGCUGCCAGGUGAUCAACCAUAGCCCAAUAUGCAGCUGCAAACAAGGAUAUACCGGAGACCCCUUCGCCAGAUGCCAUCCAAUUCCACCUCCACCUCAGAGGCCGAGUGCCCCAGUGGUUGUGAAUCCUUGCAUCCCAUCGCCGUGUGGGCCAUAUUCUGAGUGUCGCAAUACAGGUGGCAGUCCUUCAUGCUCGUGCCUGGCAAACUACAUUGGCGCUCCACCAAACUGUCGGCCCGAGUGCUCCAUCAACUCGGAGUGCCCCAGCAACAGGGCUUGUAUCAGGGAGAAGUGUCGUGACCCAUGUCCAGGGUCGUGUGGCAUUGGCGCACAGUGCAGUGUGAUCAAUCACACCCCAGUUUGCACAUGCCCUGAGGGAUACACUGGAGACCCGUUUAGUAACUGCUUCCCGAAGCCACCAAUUUCAGAACCUGUGGAAUCAGACCCAUGCAAUCCAUCGCCUUGUGGGCCUAACGCCGAAUGCCGAGAUGGCAGUUGUACUUGCCUUCCGGAAUAUCAAGGAGACCCAUACACUGGUUGCCGGCCAGAGUGUGUGUUGAGUACUGACUGUGACAGGACGAAAGCUUGCAUCAGGAACAAGUGCGCUGACCCCUGCCCAGGGACUUGUGGACAGGAUGCUCGGUGCGAUGUAGUUAAUCACAUCCCCAUCUGCACCUGUCCGGAAGGCACCUCUGGAAACGCUUUCAUCCAGUGCCGACCAGUACCACCUCCUGCAGUUACACUACCAUGUCGGCCAUCUCCAUGUGGACCAAAUAGCCAAUGUCGGGAGAUUAAUGGCCAGGCAGUGUGCUCUUGUGUACCUGGAUACUUGGGAAGUCCUCCGGCGUGCAGACCAGAGUGCGUCGUGAGCUCCGAUUGCAGCCAGAACGAAGCAUGUAGUAACCAGAAAUGUAGGAAUCCCUGCCCAGGAACGUGUGGAAUUGGAGCGCGUUGUGAGGUGGUCAAUCACAACCCAAUUUGUAGCUGUCCACCUCGUUACACCGGCGAUCCGUUCUCCAGAUGUCUGCCCAUACCUGAGAACCCUGUGGUCAGCGAGCCAGUGAACCCUUGCCAGCCUUCACCAUGUGGUCCAAAUGCUCAGUGCAAGGUAGCUGGAGACAGCCCAUCAUGUUCAUGCCUGCCAGAAUUCAAGGGCUCGCCUCCAAACUGCCGGCCCGAGUGCAUCAGCAACAGCGAGUGUGCCAGCCAUCUGGCCUGUAUCGGGCAGAAGUGCAAAGACCCCUGUCCAGGAGCUUGUGGGUCGAAUGCAGAGUGCCGAGUGGUCAGCCACACGCCUACAUGUGUGUGUGCAGUUGGAUACACUGGAGACCCAUUCUCUCAGUGCUUUGUGCAGCCUGUGGCCGCGCCGCAGGAAAGACCGACGCCCUGCUCUCCGUCGCCAUGUGGUUCGAAUGCAGUGUGUAGGGAACAGAAUGGCGCCGGAUCUUGCACUUGUCUACCAGAGUAUGUGGGCAACCCAUACGAAGGCUGCCGGCCAGAAUGUGUGGUAAACACUGACUGUGCUCCCAACAAGGCAUGUAUCCGUAACAAGUGCCAAGACCCGUGCCCUGGCACAUGUGGCCCGAACGCAGACUGCCAGGUUGUCAAUCACCUGCCAUCGUGCACUUGCCGGCCAGGAUACACUGGAGACCCGUUCCGAUACUGCACGGUGCAGGCUAGCGAACCUGUGGUAGCUGAACCGGGAGAUCCAUGCAACCCAUCGCCAUGUGGUCCAAACAGCCAAUGCCGCCAAGUGAAUGGGCAGGCUGUGUGCUCGUGCCUACCGUCGUACAUUGGCAGUCCACCAGGAUGCAGACCGGAGUGUGUGGUUAGCUCUGAAUGCCCGCAGAAUCGAGCCUGUGUGAACCAGAAGUGUGUGGACCCUUGCCCUGGGCCGUGUGGCCUCAAUACCCGCUGCCAGGUGAUCAACCACAGCCCAAUAUGCAGCUGCAAACAAGGAUAUACCGGAGACGCCUUCGCCAGAUGCCAUCCAAUUCCACCUCCACCUCAGAGGCCGAGUGCCCCAGUGGUUGUGAAUCCUUGCAUCCCAUCGCCGUGUGGGCCAUAUUCUGAGUGUCGCGAUACAGGUGGCAGUCCUUCAUGCUCGUGCCUGGCAAACUACAUUGGCGCUCCACCAAACUGUCGGCCCGAGUGCUCCAUCAACUCGGAGUGCCCCAGCAACAGGGCUUGUAUCAGGGAGAAGUGUCGUGACCCAUGUCCAGGGUCGUGUGGCAUUGGCGCACAGUGCAGUGUGAUCAAUCACACCCCAGUUUGCACAUGCCCUGAGGGAUACACUGGAGACCCGUUUAGUAACUGCUUCCCGAAGCCACCAAUUUCAGAACCUGUGGAAUCAGACCCAUGCAAUCCAUCGCCUUGUGGGCCUAACGCCGAAUGCCGAGAUGGCAGUUGUACUUGCCUUCCGGAAUAUCAAGGAGACCCAUACACUGGUUGCCGGCCAGAGUGUGUGUUGAGUACUGACUGUGACAGGACGAAAGCUUGCAUCAGGAACAAGUGCGCUGACCCCUGCCCAGGGACUUGUGGACAGGAUGCUCGGUGCGAUGUAGUUAAUCACAUCCCCAUCUGCACCUGUCCGGAAGGCACCUCUGGAAACGCUUUCAUCCAGUGCCGACCAGUACCACCUCCUGCAGUUACACUACCAUGUCGGCCAUCUCCAUGUGGACCAAAUAGCCAAUGUCGGGAGAUUAAUGGCCAGGCAGUGUGCUCUUGUGUACCUGGAUACUUGGGAAGUCCUCCGGCGUGCAGACCAGAGUGCGUCGUGAGCUCCGAUUGCAGCCAGAACGAAGCAUGUAGUAACCAGAAAUGUAGGAAUCCCUGCCCAGGAACGUGUGGAAUUGGAGCGCGUUGUGAGGUGGUCAAUCACAACCCAAUUUGUAGCUGUCCACCUCGUUACACCGGCGAUCCGUUCUCCAGAUGUCUGCCCAUACCUGAGAACCCUGUGGUCAGCGAGCCAGUGAACCCUUGCCAGCCUUCACCAUGUGGUCCAAAUGCUCAGUGCAAGGUAGCUGGAGACAGCCCAUCAUGUUCAUGCCUGCCAGAAUUCAAGGGCUCGCCUCCAAACUGCCGGCCCGAGUGCAUCAGCAACAGCGAGUGUGCCAGCCAUCUGGCCUGUAUCGGGCAGAAGUGCAAAGACCCCUGUCCAGGAGCUUGUGGGUCGAAUGCAGAGUGCCGAGUGGUCAGCCACACGCCUACAUGUGUGUGUGCAGUUGGAUACACUGGAGACCCAUUCUCUCAGUGCUUUGUGCAGCCUGUGGCCGCGCCGCAGGAAAGACCGACGCCCUGCUCUCCGUCGCCAUGUGGUUCGAAUGCAGUGUGUAGGGAACAGAAUGGCGCCGGAUCUUGCACUUGUCUACCAGAGUAUGUGGGCAACCCAUACGAAGGCUGCCGGCCAGAAUGUGUGGUAAACACUGACUGUGCUCCCAACAAGGCAUGUAUCCGUAACAAGUGCCAAGACCCGUGCCCUGGCACAUGUGGCCCGAACGCAGACUGCCAGGUUGUCAAUCACCUGCCAUCGUGCACUUGCCGGCCAGGAUACACUGGAGACCCGUUCCGAUACUGCACGGUGCAGGCUAGCGAACCUGUGGUAGCUGAACCGGGAGAUCCAUGCAACCCAUCGCCAUGUGGUCCAAACAGCCAAUGCCGCCAAGUGAAUGGGCAGGCUGUGUGCUCGUGCCUACCGUCGUACAUUGGCAGUCCACCAGGAUGCAGACCGGAGUGUGUGGUUAGCUCUGAAUGCCCGCAGAAUCGAGCCUGUGUGAACCAGAAGUGUGUGGACCCUUGCCCUGGGCCGUGUGGCCUCAAUACCCGCUGCCAGGUGAUCAACCACAGCCCAAUAUGCAGCUGCAAACAAGGAUAUACCGGAGACGCCUUCGCCAGAUGCCAUCCAAUUCCACCUCCACCUCAGAGGCCGAGUGCCCCAGUGGUUGUGAAUCCUUGCAUCCCAUCGCCGUGUGGGCCAUAUUCUGAGUGUCGCGAUACAGGUGGCAGUCCUUCAUGCUCGUGCCUGGCAAACUACAUUGGCGCUCCACCAAACUGUCGGCCCGAGUGCUCCAUCAACUCGGAGUGCCCCAGCAACAGGGCUUGUAUCAGGGAGAAGUGUCGUGACCCAUGUCCAGGGUCGUGUGGCAUUGGCGCACAGUGCAGUGUGAUCAAUCACACCCCAGUUUGCACAUGCCCUGAGGGAUACACUGGAGACCCGUUUAGUAACUGCUUCCCGAAGCCACCAAUUUCAGAACCUGUGGAAUCAGACCCAUGCAAUCCAUCGCCUUGUGGGCCUAACGCCGAAUGCCGAGAUGGCAGUUGUACUUGCCUUCCGGAAUAUCAAGGAGACCCAUACACUGGUUGCCGGCCAGAGUGUGUGUUGAGUACUGACUGUGACAGGACGAAAGCUUGCAUCAGGAACAAGUGCGCUGACCCCUGCCCAGGGACUUGUGGACAGGAUGCUCGGUGCGAUGUAGUUAAUCACAUCCCCAUCUGCACCUGUCCGGAAGGCACCUCUGGAAACGCUUUCAUCCAGUGCCGACCAGUACCACCUCCUGCAGUUACACUACCAUGUCGGCCAUCUCCAUGUGGACCAAAUAGCCAAUGUCGGGAGAUUAAUGGCCAGGCAGUGUGCUCUUGUGUACCUGGAUACUUGGGAAGUCCUCCGGCGUGCAGACCAGAGUGCGUCGUGAGCUCCGAUUGCAGCCAGAACGAAGCAUGUAGUAACCAGAAAUGUAGGAAUCCCUGCCCAGGAACGUGUGGAAUUGGAGCGCGUUGUGAGGUGGUCAAUCACAACCCAAUUUGUAGCUGUCCACCUCGUUACACCGGCGAUCCGUUCUCCAGAUGUCUGCCCAUACCUGAGAACCCUGUGGUCAGCGAGCCAGUGAACCCUUGCCAGCCUUCACCAUGUGGUCCAAAUGCUCAGUGCAAGGUAGCUGGAGACAGCCCAUCAUGUUCAUGCCUGCCAGAAUUCAAGGGCUCGCCUCCAAACUGCCGGCCCGAGUGCAUCAGCAACAGCGAGUGUGCCAGCCAUCUGGCCUGUAUCGGGCAGAAGUGCAAAGACCCCUGUCCAGGAGCUUGUGGGUCGAAUGCAGAGUGCCGAGUGGUCAGCCACACGCCUACAUGUGUGUGUGCAGUUGGAUACACUGGAGACCCAUUCUCUCAGUGCUUUGUGCAGCCUGUGGCCGCGCCGCAGGAAAGACCGACGCCCUGCUCUCCGUCGCCAUGUGGUUCGAAUGCAGUGUGUAGGGAACAGAAUGGCGCCGGAUCUUGCACUUGUCUACCAGAGUAUGUGGGCAACCCAUACGAAGGCUGCCGGCCAGAAUGUGUGGUAAACACUGACUGUGCUCCCAACAAGGCAUGUAUCCGUAACAAGUGCCAAGACCCGUGCCCUGGCACAUGUGGCCCGAACGCAGACUGCCAGGUUGUCAAUCACCUGCCAUCGUGCACUUGCCGGCCAGGAUACACUGGAGACCCGUUCCGAUACUGCACGGUGCAGGCUAGCGAACCUGUGGUAGCUGAACCGGGAGAUCCAUGCAACCCAUCGCCAUGUGGUCCAAACAGCCAAUGCCGCCAAGUGAAUGGGCAGGCUGUGUGCUCGUGCCUACCGUCGUACAUUGGCAGUCCACCAGGAUGCAGACCGGAGUGUGUGGUUAGCUCUGAAUGCCCGCAGAAUCGAGCCUGUGUGAACCAGAAGUGUGUGGACCCUUGCCCUGGGCCGUGUGGCCUCAAUACCCGCUGCCAGGUGAUCAACCACAGCCCAAUAUGCAGCUGCAAACAAGGAUAUACCGGAGACGCCUUCGCCAGAUGCCAUCCAAUUCCACCUCCACCUCAGAGGCCGAGUGCCCCAGUGGUUGUGAAUCCUUGCAUCCCAUCGCCGUGUGGGCCAUAUUCUGAGUGUCGCGAUACAGGUGGCAGUCCUUCAUGCUCGUGCCUGGCAAACUACAUUGGCGCUCCACCAAACUGUCGGCCCGAGUGCUCCAUCAACUCGGAGUGCCCCAGCAACAGGGCUUGUAUCAGGGAGAAGUGUCGUGACCCAUGUCCAGGGUCGUGUGGCAUUGGCGCACAGUGCAGUGUGAUCAAUCACACCCCAGUUUGCACAUGCCCUGAGGGAUACACUGGAGACCCGUUUAGUAACUGCUUCCCGAAGCCACCAAUUUCAGAACCUGUGGAAUCAGACCCAUGCAAUCCAUCGCCUUGUGGGCCUAACGCCGAAUGCCGAGAUGGCAGUUGUACUUGCCUUCCGGAAUAUCAAGGAGACCCAUACACUGGUUGCCGGCCAGAGUGUGUGUUGAGUACUGACUGUGACAGGACGAAAGCUUGCAUCAGGAACAAGUGCGCUGACCCCUGCCCAGGGACUUGUGGACAGGAUGCUCGGUGCGAUGUAGUUAAUCACAUCCCCAUCUGCACCUGUCCGGAAGGCACCUCUGGAAACGCUUUCAUCCAGUGCCGACCAGUACCACCUCCUGCAGUUACACUACCAUGUCGGCCAUCUCCAUGUGGACCAAAUAGCCAAUGUCGGGAGAUUAAUGGCCAGGCAGUGUGCUCUUGUGUACCUGGAUACUUGGGAAGUCCUCCGGCGUGCAGACCAGAGUGCGUCGUGAGCUCCGAUUGCAGCCAGAACGAAGCAUGUAGUAACCAGAAAUGUAGGAAUCCCUGCCCAGGAACGUGUGGAAUUGGAGCGCGUUGUGAGGUGGUCAAUCACAACCCAAUUUGUAGCUGUCCACCUCGUUACACCGGCGAUCCGUUCUCCAGAUGUCUGCCCAUACCUGAGAACCCUGUGGUCAGCGAGCCAGUGAACCCUUGCCAGCCUUCACCAUGUGGUCCAAAUGCUCAGUGCAAGGUAGCUGGAGACAGCCCAUCAUGUUCAUGCCUGCCAGAAUUCAAGGGCUCGCCUCCAAACUGCCGGCCCGAGUGCAUCAGCAACAGCGAGUGUGCCAGCCAUCUGGCCUGUAUCGGGCAGAAGUGCAAAGACCCCUGUCCAGGAGCUUGUGGGUCGAAUGCAGAGUGCCGAGUGGUCAGCCACACGCCUACAUGUGUGUGUGCAGUUGGAUACACUGGAGACCCAUUCUCUCAGUGCUUUGUGCAGCCUGUGGCCGCGCCGCAGGAAAGACCGACGCCCUGCUCUCCGUCGCCAUGUGGUUCGAAUGCAGUGUGUAGGGAACAGAAUGGCGCCGGAUCUUGCACUUGUCUACCAGAGUAUGUGGGCAACCCAUACGAAGGCUGCCGGCCAGAAUGUGUGGUAAACACUGACUGUGCUCCCAACAAGGCAUGUAUCCGUAACAAGUGCCAAGACCCGUGCCCUGGCACAUGUGGCCCGAACGCAGACUGCCAGGUUGUCAAUCACCUGCCAUCGUGCACUUGCCGGCCAGGAUACACUGGAGACCCGUUCCGAUACUGCACGGUGCAGGCUAGCGAACCUGUGGUAGCUGAACCGGGAGAUCCAUGCAACCCAUCGCCAUGUGGUCCAAACAGCCAAUGCCGCCAAGUGAAUGGGCAGGCUGUGUGCUCGUGCCUACCGUCGUACAUUGGCAGUCCACCAGGAUGCAGACCGGAGUGUGUGGUUAGCUCUGAAUGCCCGCAGAAUCGAGCCUGUGUGAACCAGAAGUGUGUGGACCCUUGCCCUGGGCCGUGUGGCCUCAAUACCCGCUGCCAGGUGAUCAACCACAGCCCAAUAUGCAGCUGCAAACAAGGAUAUACCGGAGACCCCUUCGCCAGAUGCCAUCCAAUUCCACCUCCACCUCAGAGGCCGAGUGCCCCAGUGGUUGUGAAUCCUUGCAUCCCAUCGCCGUGUGGGCCAUAUUCUGAGUGUCGCGAUACAGGUGGCAGUCCUUCAUGCUCGUGCCUGGCAAACUACAUUGGCGCUCCACCAAACUGUCGGCCCGAGUGCUCCAUCAACUCGGAGUGCCCCAGCAACAGGGCUUGUAUCAGGGAGAAGUGUCGUGACCCAUGUCCAGGGUCGUGUGGCAUUGGCGCACAGUGCAGUGUGAUCAAUCACACCCCAGUUUGCACAUGCCCUGAGGGAUACACUGGAGACCCGUUUAGUAACUGCUUCCCGAAGCCACCAAUUUCAGAACCUGUGGAAUCAGACCCAUGCAAUCCAUCGCCUUGUGGGCCUAACGCCGAAUGCCGAGAUGGCAGUUGUACUUGCCUUCCGGAAUAUCAAGGAGACCCAUACACUGGUUGCCGGCCAGAGUGUGUGUUGAGUACUGACUGUGACAGGACGAAAGCUUGCAUCAGGAACAAGUGCGCUGACCCCUGCCCAGGGACUUGUGGACAGGAUGCUCGGUGCGAUGUAGUUAAUCACAUCCCCAUCUGCACCUGUCCGGAAGGCACCUCUGGAAACGCUUUCAUCCAGUGCCGACCAGUACCACCUCCUGCAGUUACACUACCAUGUCGGCCAUCUCCAUGUGGACCAAAUAGCCAAUGUCGGGAGAUUAAUGGCCAGGCAGUGUGCUCUUGUGUACCUGGAUACUUGGGAAGUCCUCCGGCGUGCAGACCAGAGUGCGUCGUGAGCUCCGAUUGCAGCCAGAACGAAGCAUGUAGUAACCAGAAAUGUAGGAAUCCCUGCCCAGGAACGUGUGGAAUUGGAGCGCGUUGUGAGGUGGUCAAUCACAACCCAAUUUGUAGCUGUCCACCUCGUUACACCGGCGAUCCGUUCUCCAGAUGUCUGCCCAUACCUGAGAACCCUGUGGUCAGCGAGCCAGUGAACCCUUGCCAGCCUUCACCAUGUGGUCCAAAUGCUCAGUGCAAGGUAGCUGGAGACAGCCCAUCAUGUUCAUGCCUGCCAGAAUUCAAGGGCUCGCCUCCAAACUGCCGGCCCGAGUGCAUCAGCAACAGCGAGUGUGCCAGCCAUCUGGCCUGUAUCGGGCAGAAGUGCAAAGACCCCUGUCCAGGAGCUUGUGGGUCGAAUGCAGAGUGCCGAGUGGUCAGCCACACGCCUACAUGUGUGUGUGCAGUUGGAUACACUGGAGACCCAUUCUCUCAGUGCUUUGUGCAGCCUGUGGCCGCGCCGCAGGAAAGACCGACGCCCUGCUCUCCGUCGCCAUGUGGUUCGAAUGCAGUGUGUAGGGAACAGAAUGGCGCCGGAUCUUGCACUUGUCUACCAGAGUAUGUGGGCAACCCAUACGAAGGCUGCCGGCCAGAAUGUGUGGUAAACACUGACUGUGCUCCCAACAAGGCAUGUAUCCGUAACAAGUGCCAAGACCCGUGCCCUGGCACAUGUGGCCCGAACGCAGACUGCCAGGUUGUCAAUCACCUGCCAUCGUGCACUUGCCGGCCAGGAUACACUGGAGACCCGUUCCGAUACUGCACGGUGCAGGCUAGCGAACCUGAACCGGGAGAUCCAUGCAACCCAUCGCCAUGUGGUCCAAACAGCCAAUGCCGCCAAGUGAAUGGGCAGGCUGUGUGCUCGUGCCUACCGUCGUACAUUGGCAGUCCACCAGGAUGCAGACCGGAGUGUGUGGUUAGCUCUGAAUGCCCGCAGAAUCGAGCCUGUGUGAACCAGAAGUGUGUGGACCCUUGCCCUGGGCCGUGUGGCCUCAAUACCCGCUGCCAGGUGAUCAACCACAGCCCAAUAUGCAGCUGCAAACAAGGAUAUACCGGAGACCCCUUCGCCAGAUGCCAUCCAAUUCCACCUCCACCUCAGAGGCCGAGUGCCCCAGUGGUUGUGAAUCCUUGCAUCCCAUCGCCGUGUGGGCCAUAUUCUGAGUGUCGCGAUACAGGUGGCAGUCCUUCAUGCUCGUGCCUGGCAAACUACAUUGGCGCUCCACCAAACUGUCGGCCCGAGUGCUCCAUCAACUCGGAGUGCCCCAGCAACAGGGCUUGUAUCAGGGAGAAGUGUCGUGACCCAUGUCCAGGGUCGUGUGGCAUUGGCGCACAGUGCAGUGUGAUCAAUCACACCCCAGUUUGCACAUGCCCUGAGGGAUACACUGGAGACCCGUUUAGUAACUGCUUCCCGAAGCCACCAAUUUCAGAACCUGUGGAAUCAGACCCAUGCAAUCCAUCGCCUUGUGGGCCUAACGCCGAAUGCCGAGAUGGCAGUUGUACUUGCCUUCCGGAAUAUCAAGGAGACCCAUACACUGGUUGCCGGCCAGAGUGUGUGUUGAGUACUGACUGUGACAGGACGAAAGCUUGCAUCAGGAACAAGUGCGCUGACCCCUGCCCAGGGACUUGUGGACAGGAUGCUCGGUGCGAUGUAGUUAAUCACAUCCCCAUCUGCACCUGUCCGGAAGGCACCUCUGGAAACGCUUUCAUCCAGUGCCGACCAGUACCACCUCCUGCAGUUACACUACCAUGUCGGCCAUCUCCAUGUGGACCAAAUAGCCAAUGUCGGGAGAUUAAUGGCCAGGCAGUGUGCUCUUGUGUACCUGGAUACUUGGGAAGUCCUCCGGCGUGCAGACCAGAGUGCGUCGUGAGCUCCGAUUGCAGCCAGAACGAAGCAUGUAGUAACCAGAAAUGUAGGAAUCCCUGCCCAGGAACGUGUGGAAUUGGAGCGCGUUGUGAGGUGGUCAAUCACAACCCAAUUUGUAGCUGUCCACCUCGUUACACCGGCGAUCCGUUCUCCAGAUGUCUGCCCAUACCUGAGAACCCUGUGGUCAGCGAGCCAGUGAACCCUUGCCAGCCUUCACCAUGUGGUCCAAAUGCUAAGUGCAAGGUAGCUGGAGACAGCCCAUCAUGUUCAUGCCUGCCAGAAUUCAAGGGCUCGCCUCCAAACUGCCGGCCCGAGUGCAUCAGCAACAGCGAGUGUGCCAGCCAUCUGGCCUGUAUCGGGCAGAAGUGCAAAGACCCCUGUCCAGGAGCUUGUGGGUCGAAUGCAGAGUGCCGAGUGGUCAGCCACACGCCUACAUGUGUGUGUGCAGUUGGAUACACUGGAGACCCAUUCUCUCAGUGCUUUGUGCAGCCUGUGGCCGCGCCGCAGGAAAGACCGACGCCCUGCUCUCCGUCGCCAUGUGGUUCGAAUGCAGUGUGUAGGGAACAGAAUGGCGCCGGAUCUUGCACUUGUCUACCAGAGUAUGUGGGCAACCCAUACGAAGGCUGCCGGCCAGAAUGUGUGGUAAACACUGACUGUGCUCCCAACAAGGCAUGUAUCCGUAACAAGUGCCAAGACCCGUGCCCUGGCACAUGUGGCCCGAACGCAGACUGCCAGGUUGUCAAUCACCUGCCAUCGUGCACUUGCCGGCCAGGAUACACUGGAGACCCGUUCCGAUACUGCACGCUCUUGUAUUGCACAGCUGUGGUAGCUGAACCGGGAGAUCCAUGCAACCCAUCGCCAUGUGGUCCAAACAGCCAAUGCCGCCAAGUGAAUGGGCAGGCUGUGUGCUCGUGCCUACCGUCGUACAUUGGCAAUCCACCAGGAUGCAGACCGGAGUGUGUGGUUAGCUCUGAAUGCCCGCAGAAUCGAGCCUGUGUGAACCAGAAGUGUGUGGACCCUUGCCCUGGGCCGUGUGGCCUCAAUACCCGCUGCCAGGUGAUCAACCACAGCCCAAUAUGCAGCUGCAAACAAGGAUAUACCGGAGACGCCUUCGCCAGAUGCCAUCCAAUUCCACCUCCACCUCAGAGGCCGAGUGCCCCAGUGGUUGUGAAUCCUUGCAUCCCAUCGCCGUGUGGGCCAUAUUCUGAGUGUCGCGAUACAGGUGGCAGUCCUUCAUGCUCGUGCCUGGCAAACUACAUUGGCGCUCCACCAAACUGUCGGCCCGAGUGCUCCAUCAACUCGGAGUGCCCCAGCAACAGGGCUUGUAUCAGGGAGAAGUGUCGUGACCCAUGUCCAGGGUCGUGUGGCAUUGGCGCACAGUGCAGUGUGAUCAAUCACACCCCAGUUUGCACAUGCCCUGAGGGAUACACUGGAGACCCGUUUAGUAACUGCUUCCCGAAGCCACCAAUUUCAGAACCUGUGGAAUCAGACCCAUGCAAUCCAUCGCCUUGUGGGCCUAACGCCGAAUGCCGAGAUGGCAGUUGUACUUGCCUUCCGGAAUAUCAAGGAGACCCAUACACUGGAUGCCGACCAGAAUGUGUGCUCAACACGGACUGCGCUCCUAACAAGGCGUGCGUCCGUAACAAGUGCCAGGACCCCUGUCCCGGUACUUGCGGCCAGAACGCCGAGUGCCAGGUCGUCAACCACCUGCCGACUUGCACGUGCAUCCACGGAUUUACUGGAGACCCCUUCAGAUAUUGCAACGUAAUGCAUACACCACUGACACCAGAAAUCGGCGACCCGUGUCAGCCGUCACCUUGCGGACCAAACAGCGUCUGCCGUGUGGUAAAUGGACAGGCAGUUUGCUCAUGUCAGUCCGGCUACAUGGGAACACCACCAGGCUGUAGGCCCGAGUGCGUCGUCAGUGCUGAAUGUCCACGUGAUAAGGCCUGUGUCAGUAACAAGUGCAUUGACCCAUGUCCUGGUACCUGUGGCCUCAAUGCACGCUGUGAAGUCAUCAACCACAGCCCCAUUUGCAGCUGCCAGGUUGGACACACUGGAGACCCCUUUGCAAGAUGCUACCCAAUACCACCAUCUCAGCCUCCAACUACCAAACCUACCUACACAAAUCCCUGUGUUCCAUCUCCUUGUGGCCCCAAUUCAGAAUGCAGAGACAUUGGAGGAACACCUUCAUGCUCAUGCCUGGCUAAUUACAUUGGAUCUCCUCCAAACUGCCGACCUGAAUGUGUCAUCAGCUCAGAAUGCUCAAGCAACAAAGCCUGCAUCCGGGAGAAGUGCCGUGACCCAUGUCCAGGAUCAUGUGGUGCUGGUGCACAGUGCAGUGUAAUCAACCACACACCAGUAUGCACAUGUCCUGAGGGUUACACAGGUGACCCAUUCACCAGCUGUUACCCAAAGCCACAAGAACCAGAACCAGAAAAGAGUGAUCCCUGCUAUCCAUCUCCCUGCGGGCCAAACACACAAUGUAAUGAUGGAGUGUGUACUUGCUUGCCAGAAUAUCAGGGUGAUCCUUAUGCAGGCUGUCGGCCAGAGUGUGUUCUAAGCUCUGACUGUGACAGGUCAAAGGCUUGCAUCAGAAAUAAGUGCACUGAUCCAUGUCCAGGAACGUGUGGACAGGAUGCCCGCUGUGAUGUUGUCAAUCACAUCCCAAUAUGCAGUUGUCCUGAAGGAAUGUCUGGGAAUGCAUUUAUCCAGUGCAGGCCUAUUCCUCCUCCUGUGGUGACACAGCCAUGCAACCCAUCUCCGUGUGGACCAAACAGCCAGUGUCGGGAGAUUAAUGGCCAAGCAGUGUGUUCUUGUGUGCCAGGAUACCUUGGGAGUCCUCCAUCAUGCAGGCCAGAGUGUGUUGUGAGCUCAGAUUGCAGUCAGAAUGAAGCAUGCAACAAUCAGAAGUGCAGAAAUCCAUGCCCAGGCACAUGUGGUGUGGCAGCCCGCUGUGAAGUAGUUAACCACAAUCCAAUUUGCAGUUGUCCUAUACGAUAUACUGGUGAUCCAUUCGUCAGAUGCCAGCCAAUCUCCGAUACUCCUCCAGCACAAUUAAAUCCAUGUGCUCCAUCGCCUUGUGGUCCAAAUGCACAAUGUCAGGUUAUUGGAGAGACUCCAUCAUGCACAUGCCUUCCAGAAUACAUGGGAUCACCACCCAAUUGUAGACCUGAGUGUGUGAGUAAUAGUGAAUGUGCCAGUCACCUUGCGUGCAUAAGACAGAAAUGUAAAGAUCCUUGUCCUGGAUCAUGUGGGGCUAAUGCUGAAUGCCGCGUUAUUAGUCACACUCCUAACUGUUUCUGUCUCUCAGGAUAUACUGGAGAUCCAUUUGUUAUCUGUUCACCUCAACCAGCUAUUCCUGAAGAAAGACCAACUCCUUGCUCACCUUCCCCAUGUGGGUCAAAUGCUGUGUGCAGAGAACAAAAUGGUGCUGGUUCUUGCACAUGUUUACCGGAAUACAUUGGCAACCCAUAUGAGGGCUGUCGCCCAGAAUGUACCUUAAACACUGACUGCACACCAGAUAGGGCAUGUAUCCGAAACAAAUGCCAGGAUCCCUGCCCUGGGACAUGUGGACAAAAUGCAGACUGUACUGUAGUCAAUCAUUUACCAUCAUGCACAUGUAUAUCAGGAUACACUGGUGACCCAUUUAGAUUCUGCAGUAUAGUACGAGAAACACCAGAGGAACCUAAAACUCCUUGUUCACCUUCACCAUGUGGGCCAAACAGUGCAUGUCGUGAAGUUAAUGAGCAAGCAGUGUGUUCUUGUCUGCCCAGCUAUAUUGGCACACCACCUGGUUGUCGUCCAGAAUGUGUGGUAAGCUCAGAGUGUCCACAGAACAGAGCUUGCACCAAUCAGAAAUGUGCUGACCCUUGUAUUGGCACAUGUGGUUUGAACUCAAUUUGUGAGGUAAUAAACCAUAGCCCAAUCUGCAGCUGCAGACCAGGUUACACAGGAGAUCCUUUUGCACAGUGUUAUUUGAACCCAGUUGUAAUUCCUUCAGAAAAACCAGUAUAUCAUGACCCAUGUGUUCCAUCACCUUGUGGCCCGAAUGCACAGUGUAUCAACUCAGGAGGAGUUCCUUCAUGUGCAUGCAAUGCUGGUUACUUUGGUGCUCCACCAAACUGUAGACCAGAAUGUUCUGUUAAUUCAGAAUGUCCUAGCAACAAGGCUUGUAUUAGGGAAAAAUGUCGUGACCCUUGUCCAGGCUCAUGUGGUGCUAGUGCACAAUGCAGUGUGAUCAACCACACACCAGUAUGCACCUGUCCUGAGGGAUACACUGGAGAUCCUUUCACCAACUGCUUCCCCAAACCACCAGAACAAGAACCUGAGAAGGCUGACCUAUGUCAUCCAUCUCCAUGUGGCUCAAACACACAGUGUGAUGAUGGAGUGUGUACUUGCUUGCCAGAAUACCAGGGUGAUCCAUAUGCUGGCUGUCGACCUGAGUGUGUCCUGAGCACAGAUUGUGAGAGGACAAAGGCUUGCAUAAGAAACAAGUGUGCAGAUCCUUGUCCAGGGACUUGUGGGCAGGAUGCACGCUGUGAUGUUGUCAAUCAUAUUCCAAUCUGCAGUUGUCCAGAGGGCAUGUCUGGCAAUGCAUUUAUUCAAUGCAGACCUAUUCCACCUCCGCCAAAGACACAGCCAUGCAGCCCAUCUCCUUGUGGCCCUAACAGCCAAUGUCGAGAGAUUAAUGGCCAGGCAGUGUGUUCAUGUGUGCCAGGCUUCUUAGGAAGUCCACCAGCAUGUAGACCAGAAUGCAUUGUGAGCUCAGAUUGUGCACAAAAUGAAGCCUGUAACAACCAGAAAUGUCGGAACCCUUGCCCAGGAACAUGUGGUAUUGGAGCUCGUUGCGAGGUUGUUAACCACAAUCCUAUAUGCAGUUGUGCCUCACACUAUACAGGCGAUCCAUUUGCAAGAUGCUAUCCAGUCCCUGAAACUCCGUUACGGGAACCAACAAACCCUUGCCAGCCAUCUCCCUGUGGACCAAAUGCAGUUUGCCAAGUUUCGGGUGACAGUCCAUCUUGUUCAUGUUUGCCCGAUUUUAAAGGAUCACCUCCUAAUUGCCGACCAGAGUGUAUUAGCAACACAGAGUGUGCAAGCCACCUUGCAUGUAUAGGGCAACGCUGUAAAGAUCCAUGUCCAGGUUCAUGUGGAUCUAAUGCAGAAUGCAGAGUUAUUAGCCACACACCUAACUGUGCAUGUCUUCCAGGAUUUUCUGGAGAUCCAUUCAUCCAGUGUUUAUUACAGGAACCACCUGUGCCAGAAGAAAGACCAACACCAUGUAUACCAUCACCAUGUGGCUCAAAUGCAGUUUGUAAAGAGCAGAAUGGAGCUGGCUCUUGUACAUGUCUCCCAGAUUAUGUUGGUAAUCCUUAUGAGGUCUGCCGACCAGAAUGUAUUUUGAAUACUGACUGUCCAUCCAAUAGAGCAUGCAUACGUAACAAAUGUCAGGAUCCAUGUCCAGGAACCUGUGGCCUAAAUGCUGAAUGCCAAGUGGUCAAUCACCUGCCUUCAUGCACUUGCAUUCAAGGGUACUCUGGAGAUCCAUUCAAGUACUGCAGUCCUAUAAUAGAACAUGUUCCAGUUGAAAUUGGUAACCCUUGUGUGCCAUCUCCUUGUGGGCCUAACAGUGCAUGUCGUGAGGUAAAUGGUCAAGCAGUAUGUUCUUGCCUUCCGGAUUACAUGGGCACACCUCCUAAUUGCAGACCUGAGUGCACAGUGAGUGCAGAAUGUCAGCAAAAUAGGGCUUGCAUUAGACAGAAAUGUGCUGACCCAUGCCCUGGUACCUGUGGUCUCAACACUCGCUGUGAAGUCAUUAAUCAUAGUCCAAUUUGCAGCUGUCAAGCUGGGUACACUGGUGAUCCCUUCACACGCUGUUUUGCUGUGCCAGCUCCUCCUCCAGCAGAGGUGCUUCGACCAGUUAACCCAUGCUCUCCAUCACCCUGUGGUCCCAAUGCUCAGUGCAUAAAUGCAGGUGGUACAGCUUCAUGUGCCUGUCUGGCAAACUUCAUUGGAAUGCCACCAAACUGCAGACCUGAGUGUAGUAUAAAUGCUGAAUGUCCCAGCAAUAUGGCGUGCAUCAGGGAGAAAUGUAUGGAUCCAUGCCCAGGAUCAUGUGGUGCUAGUGCUUUGUGCACUGUUGUUAAUCACACCCCUGUUUGUACCUGCCCAGAAGGUUACACAGGAGAUCCAUUUACUAGAUGCUAUCCCAAGCCACCUCCAAGUCCUGAACCGAUUCCAAAGGAGCCCUGCUCUCCAUCACCUUGUGGACCAAAUUCUGUAUGUACAGAUGGCACAUGUACUUGUCUACCAGAUUAUCAAGGUGAUCCAUACCUGGGCUGUCACCCAGAAUGCAUUCUUAAUGCAGACUGUGAUAGAACAAAGGCCUGCAUCAGGAACAAAUGUAAUGAUCCCUGCCCAGGAACAUGUGGACAGGGUGCUCGGUGUGAUGUUGUUAACCACAUACCAAUAUGCAGUUGUCCAGAUGGAAUGUCUGGUAAUGCUUUUAUCCAAUGCAGGCCUAUUCCACCACCACCAGUAAUGCAGCCCUGCAACCCAUCUCCAUGUGGUCCCAAUAGCCAGUGCCGAGAGAUCAAUGGUCAGGCAGUAUGCUCUUGUGUACCAGGAUACAUUGGAAGUCCUCCUGCUUGUAGGCCUGAGUGUAUUGUGAGCUCUGAGUGUGCUCAGAAUGAAGCAUGCAGUAAUCAAAAGUGCAGGAAUCCAUGCCCCGGUACUUGUGGCAUUGGAGCUCGCUGUGAAGUAGUUAAUCACAAUCCAAUUUGCAGCUGCCCAUUAGAGCACACUGGUGAUCCAUUUGUCAGAUGUCUGCCAAUAAUAUCUCUAGCCCCUCCAGAAUCACCUAAUCCAUGUGUUCCAUCACCAUGUGGACAGAAUGCUGUGUGUCAAGUGAUUGGUGAGAGUCCUUCAUGCUCUUGCUUGCCAGAGUUCAAAGGGUCCCCUCCAAACUGUAGACCAGAAUGUGUUAGUAACAGUGAAUGUGCCAGUCAUUUGGCAUGUAUUGGUCAGAAAUGCAGAGACCCGUGUCCAGGAUCCUGUGGAGCCAAUGCUGAAUGUCAUGUUGUCAGUCACACACCAAACUGUGUGUGUGUGUCAGGAUUUUCAGGUGACCCAUUCACACAGUGUUUCAAACAGGAGGCAAUACAGGCAGAGAGGGUAACACCCUGUGUUCCUUCUCCAUGUGGCUCAAAUGCUGUGUGCCGAGAACAAAACAGUGCAGGUUCAUGCACGUGUCUUCCAGACUAUGUUGGCAACCCAUAUGAAGGAUGUCGACCAGAAUGUGUGCUUAAUACUGACUGUUCUCCUAACAGGGCAUGCAUACGAAAUAAAUGCCAGGAUCCUUGUCCUGGCACAUGUGGUACCAAUGCCUACUGUCAAACAGUAAACCACCUUCCCUCUUGUACUUGUAUUGAGCAGUAUACAGGUGACCCAUUCAGACACUGUACUGUCAUAGUAGGUGUGGAAACUCCGCCAAGGGACCCUUGUCAACCGUCACCCUGUGGUCCAAACAGUGUGUGCCGCAUAGCAAACCAGCAGGCUGUGUGCUCUUGUCAAGCAGGCUAUAUGGGUGUACCACCAGGUUGUAGGCCUGAGUGUGUUGUAAGUGCUGAGUGCCCACGUGAUAAAGCCUGUGUCAACAACAAAUGUGUCGAUCCUUGCCGUGGAACAUGUGGCCUCAGUGCACGAUGUGAGGUCAUCAAUCACAGCCCUAUCUGUAGUUGCCAGGCUGGGCACACUGGAGACCCCUUCACCAGAUGCUAUGCUCUCCCUCCUAUUUCAGAACCACCAUCAAGGCCAGUGAACCCUUGUCUUCCAUCACCAUGUGGGCCACACUCAGUGUGCCAAGCUGUGGGUGAUACACCAUCAUGUUCAUGCAUUAUUGGUUACAUGGGAGUGCCACCAGGUUGUCGUCCGGAGUGUGCCAUCAAUGCAGAUUGCACAAGCAGUCUUGCAUGUUUGCGUGAAAAGUGUCGCGAUCCCUGCCCUGGUUCCUGUGGUGCAGGGGCUCUCUGCUCUGUUGUCAACCACACACCAGUGUGUACAUGCCCCGAAGGUUUCACAGGUGAUCCAUUUACCAGCUGUAAUGCUGCUCCAGUUUCAGAACCAGGACCUAAGCCUGUUGAUCCAUGCCACCCCUCUCCCUGUGGACCAAAUGCUGAAUGCAAUGAUGGUAUAUGCAAUUGUCUGCCAGAGUACCAAGGAGAUCCUUAUGUAGGUUGUCGCCCAGAAUGCAUCUUCAGUGAUGACUGUGAUAGGACGAAGGCAUGUAUAAGGAAUAAAUGUGUGGAUCCAUGUCCAGGAACUUGCGGUCAAGAUGCCCAAUGUGAUGUUGUUAAUCACAUUCCAAUAUGCAGUUGCCCAGAGGGCACAUCUGGCAAUGCUUUUAUUCAGUGUAGACCUAUUCCACAGCCACCGGUGACACAACCGUGCAACCCAUCUCCAUGCGGACCUAACAGUCGUUGUCAAGAGAUCAAUGGUCAGGCUGUGUGCUCAUGUGUACCUGGCUACUUGGGAAGCCCUCCAGCAUGCAGACCUGAGUGCAUACUUAGCUCUGACUGUGGCCAGAGCGAAGCAUGCAGUAAUCAAAAAUGCAGGAAUCCCUGCCCAGGUACAUGUGGGAUAGGAGCACGCUGUGAAGUAGUGAAUCAUAAUCCAAUAUGUAGCUGUCCACCUCGCUACACUGGUGAUCCAUUUGUCAGAUGUCAACCAAAAGCAGAGAUCAAACCACAAAUAUCAAAAGAUCUCUGUCAGCCAUCACCAUGUGGACCAUAUUCUCAGUGUCAAGUUGUUGGAGAAAGCCCAACAUGCAGUUGUCUACCUGAAUACAAAGGAACUCCUCCAAACUGUAGACCUGAAUGUGUUAGUAACGGUGAAUGUGCAAGUAAUUUAGCAUGUAUAGGUCAGAAAUGCAAAGAUCCGUGCCCGGGAUCUUGUGGAACAAAUGCUGAAUGCCGAGUUGUGAGUCACACACCAAACUGUGCUUGUCUUCCAGGAUAUUCAGGAGAUCCUUUCCAACACUGCGUUAUUCCUGAGGUUUCAGUUCCUAGACCAGCUGACAUGACAAGCCCCUGCAUACCAUCGCCAUGUGGUGCAAAUGCUAUAUGCAGGGAACAGAAUGGUGCUGGUUCCUGUUCUUGUCUGCCAGACUAUGUUGGCAACCCAUACGAAGGCUGCCGGCCAGAAUGUAUACUGAACACUGAUUGUACUGCAACAAAGGCUUGCAUCAGAAAUAAGUGCCAAGAUCCAUGUCCUGGAACAUGUGGCCAGAAUGCUCAGUGCCAAGUUAUUAAUCACAUACCAUCUUGUUAUUGCUUGCCAAAGUUUACUGGAGAUCCAUUUAGAUACUGCAGCAUUUCUCAAGAACCAACAGUAACUGAGCAUGUAAACCCAUGUUCUCCGAGUCCAUGUGGUCCUUAUAGCACAUGUCGCGUUGCUAAUGAGCAGGCAGUAUGCUCAUGUCAACCUGGCUUCAUUGGAUCACCACCUGGAUGUCGCCCAGAGUGUACUGUCAGUGCAGAGUGUGCACAGAACAGAGCAUGUAACAAUCUCAAGUGUAUUGAUCCUUGUCCAGGAACUUGUGGGCUCAACUCUCGGUGUGAAGUUAUUAACCACAGCCCAAUAUGUUCAUGCAAUGUUGGUUAUACUGGCGAUCCAUUCACGAGAUGCUAUUCAAUACCAACUCUGCCAUCUGAACCUACUUCCCCUCCUUUGCACAUUGAUCCAUGUCUCCCAUCACCUUGUGGCCCAUAUUCACAAUGUCGGGACAUUGGAGGAGUUCCAUCUUGUUCCUGCAUCAGAGAUUACUUUGGUACACCACCAAAUUGUCGACCAGAAUGCUCUGUCAACACAGACUGUCCACAUAAUCGUGCCUGUCUACGGGAGAAAUGCCGAGAUCCUUGUCCAGGUUCUUGUGGUGUCAGUGCUGAUUGUGCUGUUAUCAACCACACACCUGUCUGCAGUUGUUUGCCAGGCUACACAGGGGAUCCAUUCUUUCAGUGCUACCCAAAACCAACAGCAGUACCUGCACCCGUACCAUCAGAUGCUUGUAAACCUUCUCCUUGUGGCUCCAAUGCUCAGUGCCAUGAAGGUGUUUGUACUUGCCUGCCUGAAUACCAAGGUGACCCAUAUGCAGGGUGUCGUCCAGAGUGUGUCCUCAGCACUGACUGUGAAAGGAAACAGGCUUGCAUUAGGAAUAAGUGUACUGACCCUUGCCCAGGAACCUGUGGACAAAAUGCUCAAUGUGAAGUCAUAAAUCAUGUGCCUACAUGCAGUUGCCCUGAGGGGCUCUCAGGCAAUCCAUUUGUUUACUGCCGCCAAGUAGAAGCUCCUAUAGAAAGGCAACCAUGCAGUCCAUCACCUUGUGGUCCUAAUGCAGUCUGCCGGGAAAUCAAUGGACAGGCUGUCUGUUCAUGUGUGCUCGGUUUUCUGGGUGUACCACCAUCAUGUCAUCCAGAGUGCACUGUCAGCUCAGACUGUGCAUUAACAAAGGCUUGCCUCAAUCAACACUGUAUAGAUCCUUGUCCUGGUACAUGUGGUAUCAAUGCCCAUUGCCAUGUUGUCAACCACAACCCAAUCUGCUCUUGCGCUGCAGGCUAUUCUGGAGAUCCCUUCACCAGGUGCUCCUCAAUAAUUAUUUCAACACCACCACAGCCAAAACCAAUUACACCAUGUCAGCCUUCACCAUGUGGGCCUAAUUCAGUCUGCCAGGUAUCAGUUGAUGGUUUAAGUCCAUUGUGUUCUUGUUUGGAUGGUUAUAUUGGCACCCCACCACUGUGUCGUCCCGAAUGUUUAUCCAACGGUGACUGCAGUCCACAGCAAGCUUGUAUUGGUCAACGAUGUAGGGAUCCUUGCCCUGGAUCAUGUGGAGUUAGUGCUGAAUGCCAUGUUAUCCUUCAUGUGCCAAGCUGCUCAUGUCCACCACCACUCACAGGCGAUCCUUUUACAUUUUGUACCAGCCCACCAGAGAUAAGUCCAACACAAGGAGCUCCAACUGACCCCUGCAACCCUUCACCUUGCGGGCCAAAUUCUAACUGCCGUGUUGAAGCAAAUGGUUUCUCAUCCUGUGAAUGCUUGCCAGACUUCUAUGGUAACCCAUAUGAUGGGUGCCGACCUGAGUGUCUAGUCAGUUCGGACUGCUCUAUGGAUCGUGCUUGUAUACAGAACCACUGUCAGGAUCCUUGUCCUGGAACUUGUGGUGUAGGUGCCAUCUGCUCUGUUACAAAUCACAUUCCUAUUUGCUCUUGUCCUGAGGGAACAACAGGAGAUGCCUUCCAUCUUUGUCAGCCUGUAAUAUUGCCGGUGCCAGGUUCAAGUUACCCAUGUGUACCUUCACCCUGUGGGCCAAAUGCACUUUGCCGAGCAGGUGAUUCUGGUGCUGCCUUGUGUGAAUGCUUACCAGGUUAUCAGGGUAUACCAGAUGGAAGUGGAUGCAGGCCUGAGUGUGUCCUCAGUGCUGACUGUCCACGUGACAAGGCGUGUGUGAGUGGCAAGUGCCGGGACCCAUGUCCAGGUGCCUGUGGUUAUGGUGCCAACUGCAAUGUUAUAAACCACAGCCCCAUCUGUUCUUGCCCAUCUGGUACAGGAGGAAAUCCAUUUGUACAAUGUACAGAGCAACCACCUGUUCCAAGCGAUCCCUGUGAGUCCUCACCAUGUGGACCGAAUGGACAGUGCCGUGUUGUGAAAGGUGCUGCUGUUUGCACAUAUCCAGAAUGUGUAAUCAAUCAAGACUGUGUUCGUGACAGGGCUUGUUUUGCUCAACGUUGUCGAGAUCCUUGCAGUGAGGGAACUGUCUGUGGUCUCAACGCACUAUGUCAAACUGUCAGCCAUGUCCCUGUGUGUUCCUGUCCAACAGGUUACACAGGAGAACCUAGGCUGGAGUGCCACCCAGUGCCUGUCACUCCUCCAGCUCCACGCCCUGAAUGUACUCAAAACAAUGACUGUACAAAUGACAAGGCCUGUAUAAAUGAUUUUUGCCGUGAUCCUUGUCUGGAGAAUACAGGAAUUUGUGGACCUAAUGCACAAUGUCAUGUUCAGUUGCAUAGGCCAAUAUGCACCUGUAAGGACGGAUUUACUGGAAAUGCCAAUGGCCAUUGUUAUCAGAUUGGUUGUCGCUCAGAUGGAGAAUGCCCACCCACAGAGGCAUGUGUGAACGGCAACUGUGUGUCUCCAUGUUCCUACACACAUUGUGGUAUCGAUGCUCUUUGUGAGACUGAUGGCUGGCAUCAUGCACGUUGCCGCUGUCCUGAAAGUUGGACUGGAGAUCCACACACACUGUGCACAAAGCCAGAAUGUUCAUCUGAUGCUGACUGUACAUACAACCUAGCUUGCCUUGGCAAUCGAUGUGAAAAUCCUUGUCCUGGUGCAUGUGGUCAGAAUGCUAUCUGCACUGUUACUAACCAUUUGGCAACAUGUCACUGUCCACCAGGCUACACUGGAAAUCCUGGGUCACAAUGCACUCUUGAAAUUAUGGAGCCAAAACAGUGUCGAGCUGAUGCUGACUGUGCAAGCAAAUUAGCUUGCUUUAGUGGAAACUGUCGAAACCCAUGUGUUGAAACAAAACCAUGUGGUCCAAAUGCUGAAUGCACGGUUGUAGACACUCUUCCUCUCAGGACCAUGGCCUGCCGCUGUCCACAGGGGUAUGUAGGGGAUGCAGACAUCGAAUGCAAACCAGCUCCUGAUGAAAAAGAAGGUUGUCAGUCUGAUGCAGACUGUACAUUAUCUGAGAUUUGUGUGAACAGACGUUGUUCCAAUGCAUGUACAUUGAAUCCAAGCUUGUGCGCACCAAAUGCACUGUGCCAAGCAACAAACCAUCAAGCAACAUGUGUCUGCCCUGGUACCCUAGUCGGUGACCCAUAUAGUAACUGCUAUUCAGCACACCUCAAUGAAUCAGAAUGCAGAACAGAUAUGGAUUGUUCAGACAAACACUCUUGUAUUUCUGCACACUGUCUUGACCCCUGCACUGUCAGUUCUCGAUGUGGUGUGGGAGCUUUGUGUCAUUCAAGUUACCAUCGUGCUAUCUGCAGUUGUCCAGAUGGCUGGGCUGGAAAUCCAGAAAGAUUUUGCUACAGACCUGAAUGCACAAAUGAUGCAGAUUGCCCAUACAACAAGGCAUGUGAAUCAGGAAGUUGUUUGGAUCCUUGCGAACAUGCUGGUUGUGGACGCGGAGCUGAAUGUAUCACAGAGGCACACAGACCUCGUUGUCAGUGUCCUCCUGGUUCCCAGGGAGAUCCAUAUCGCACUUGUGUCACUGGUGUAUGUCAGUACAAUGAAGAUUGUGCUGGACAUGAAGCCUGCGAUCGACUGAAUCGUAUUUGUCGCCCUGUCUGUGAAGAAGACACUUGUGCAUCUGGUGCUGUGUGUAUUGGGAAAGAUCAUCAGCCUACGUGUGCUUGUCCUCAUGGCACAAAUGGAAAUCCAUAUGUUGAAUGUAGCUCUGCAAGAGUACCAACUGUUCCAGCUGAAUGUGAGGCUGAUCAUAACUGUCCAUCACAGCAAGCAUGUCUAAAUGCUGUAUGUCAAGAUCCAUGUGUGGCUGUAUCAUCAGUGUGUCCAGCUAAUCAACAAUGUCAUGUUCUUGAUACAUUACCUCUGCGAACAGUGACAUGUCACUGUCCUCAUGAUGCAGUUGCUGAUGCUUCAGGGUAUUGUAUACCUGUUGUUCCAGGAGAACCACAAUGCGUGACAGAUUCAGAAUGUGGUAAUACUGAAAAGUGUGUACGGGGUAAAUGUGUGGAAGCUUGCCGCACUGACUUCUGUGGCAUAAAUGCUAUCUGUCAGUCUGAUGACCAUAGAGCUGUUUGUCGUUGUCCUCCUGGAUACACAGGAAAUCCACGGGUUGAUUGUGUCAUUCUUCCAACACCACCACCGCCACCUCCAGAGUGCAUAAUGGAUGAAGACUGUUCAGCAGAUCAUGCUUGUCAGUUGGGUAGAUGUGUUAACCCAUGUUCUGCAAUAAGUCCAACGCCAUGUGCAGCUACAGCUUUUUGUCAUGUGGAAGACCAUAUACCUGUGUGUCGCUGCCCUAGUGGAUAUGAAGGAAACCCUCACCAAGAGUGUCAUCCAGUAUCUGGACCACCUCUUGGAUGCACAGCAAAUUCUGAUUGUUCACAACAAGAAUCAUGUGUUAAUCAACUGUGUGUGAGUCCAUGCCAUUGUGGACCUAAUUCUGAGUGCCGAGUCAGCAAUCAUUUCCCCACUUGCUACUGUAAACCUGGAUUUUCUGGAAAUCCUCUAAUUGGUUGCAUUAAAGUUCAGUGCCAAUCAGAUGACGACUGUUCCACUGACACACAAUGUUACAAUGGUGAAUGUGUGAAUCCAUGCAUACUGGGAGCAGUAUGUGCUGUCAAUGCCGAGUGCUACGGAACAGAUCACCGUGCAGCAUGCCGCUGUCCUGUGGGAUAUGUUGGUGACCCGUUGUUGCACUGUGAAAGAGCCGAAUGUCGUGUUGAUGGUGACUGUCCUUCUACUAGAGCUUGUGUGCAACGCCACUGUGUCGAUCCUUGUGCUGUGGCCUCAUUAUGUGCAUCAAAUGCAAUAUGUGUGGUGCGCAACCAUGCAGCUGCAUGUCGCUGCCCGGAAGAUGUACCACUUGGUGAUCCAACGUCGUUCUGUGAGAAAAGGCCACCUGCAAAAGAACAAGAACCUGAAUGCAAGCUAGAUGUUGACUGCCCUAGCAGACAAGCUUGUCUAAAAUCACAUUGUGUCGACCCAUGUACUGAACUGAAACCAUGUGCAACAACAGCAAGAUGCUCAGUUCUCAACACGGUACCUGUAAGAACUAUGGUGUGCACUUGUCCUGAAGGCUGGGUUCCUGGCAGCGAUGGGGAAUGUCGGCCUGUUGUGGUGCCUGUACCUCCUGGAUGCACAUCUGAUGAGAAUUGUGCAACAAAUGAAACAUGUAUUAAUCGAAUAUGCAGAAAUCCUUGUGACUGUGGUACAAAUGCCAACUGUUUUGUCCAAAACCAUCGUCCAAUUUGCUCAUGCCGAGAUGGGUAUGAUGGGAAUCCAAACAUUGGUUGUUAUGCUGUGGGAUGCCGCACAAACUCUGAAUGUGAUUCUGGGAAAGCUUGUGUGAACAGUGUGUGUGUAGAUCCAUGUACAGUAUCCAACCCAUGUGGACAACAUGCAGAGUGCUACACAUUUGCUAACCGCGCUGAGUGUCGUUGCAUCAGUGGUUUUAUGGGAGACCCUCAUGAGGGCUGCCAUGCCAUUGGCUGCCGUGUGGACUCUGAUUGUCCUUACGACCGUGCCUGCCUAUCAGGUCGUUGUGCAGAUCCAUGUGCACAUGGCUACCCAGCACCUUGUGGACAAGGUGCACUCUGCAAGCCAACUCUUCACCGUGCUGUUUGCCGUUGUCCACCAGCAUUACUUGCUGGCAAUCCAUAUAUUGCUUGUCGACCCAAGAUUCGUGCUGAAUGCAAUGGUGAUCCAGACUGCCCACCAAGACUUGCAUGCCUUGAUGGCCACUGCCGUAACCCUUGUUUGGAACUGCAGCCAUGUUCCAAGCCUGCAUCCUGCCAAGUAUUUAGCUCUGUGCCAGUAAGAACAAUGUUCUGUACUUGCCCUCCUGGUUAUGUGAGUUCAGGCAGUGGUGUGUGUCGUCCGACUCCCUCUGUCAUAGCUAUUGGUGGAUGUUCAUUUGACAGAGACUGCCCUGAUGACAAGACAUGUAUACAAGGAAUUUGCAAAAAUCCCUGCACAUGUGGUGCUAAUUCCGAUUGUCACGUGAAAGAUCACAGGCCCACAUGCACCUGUAAAGCAGGAUUUGACGGCAAUGCAGAUGUAGAAUGUGUAAGAGUGAGCUGCCGUACUGAUGGUGACUGUUCACCUCAGCAUCAAUGUGUGCAACGGAUAUGUGUACCAGCUUGUGCAUCUGAUGGAAGUUCAUGUGGUAAAGACGCAUUAUGUUAUGGUGCUCAACACCGUGCUAUUUGCGAGUGCCCUCCUGGACUGCUGGGAAAUCCACAAAAGGCUUGUGUAGCAGUGGGAUGUCGAGCAAAUUCUGACUGCCCAGCAGAGCACAACUGUAUCUCUGGAACUUGUGCUAAUCCUUGCAGCUCCUCACCAUGUGCUCCACCAGCUGAAUGUAAAGUUUACAAACAUGAAGCGCAGUGUAUCUGUCCACCAGGCUACAUAGGAGAUGGAUAUAUUACAGGAACAUUGUGCACAAAACAAAAUGUGACAUGCCAAGCUGACAGUGAUUGUUCAUCAAAGAUGGCAUGCAUUAAUGACAGCUGUGUUAACCCAUGUUCAGUUACUCAGCCAUGUGGUGAUAAUGCAAACUGUCAAGUGCUUGAUACAGUGCCUGUACGUACAAUGAUAUGUGAAUGUCCUCCUGGUUAUCAGGGCAAUGCUGCUGAGAAAUGCGAAAAAGCUCGAACAUGUCCAGUUGGGAAGGGUCAAGUUCUGGAUGAAAAGGGCAACUGUGUUUGUCCACCUGGUUAUGGCUUAGAUGACAGUGACACAUGUAUUCGUUGUGUUGCACAACAAGGAUUCAAAAUUGAUGAAAAGGGUCAAUGUGUUUGUGCACUGGAAAAAGGUAUGAUCAUAGAUGAACGUGGUCGUUGUGUCUGUCCAGUCCAAGUGGGUUAUCACUUGGAUGAGAAGGGAUAUUGUGUAAAAGACAAAUCUCCAAAAUGUAAUGAUGAUGAUGAUUGUGCCGAUGAGAUGUACUGUAAUCAGGAAACCAAGACUUGUGAGAAUCCAUGUCGAACUAAACAGUGUGGAGUGGAUGCAUACUGCAGUGCAAGUAACCACCAGGCAGUAUGUUUGUGCCAUCCUGGAUGGUCUGGAAACCCUGAAAUUGCUUGCAAUGAUUCACGUGUACCAAGAACAGAGUUCCCCAAGCCUGAGAUCACUGUGAACUGCAAGUCAGAUGGGGUUGAAGUUGAAUUUAGCUUGCCUGACCAGACAUUUAAUGGUAUUCUUUAUGUGAAAGGCCAUAGCAAAGAUGAUCGUUGCAGCAGAUUGAUUACCCCAUCUUCUGGUUCUGCACCUCAGUCAUUACUUUUUAAAGUAAACUUUGGCACAUGUGGUCUUAUUCAUUUCAAUAGAGAAGCAAGUUUCCUCCUUGUGCUACAGAAACACCCUAAACUUGUAACGUCUACAGCACAAGCAUAUCAUAUUGUUUGCAAGUAUCAAACUGGUGAGCAGAAUGUAACAGUAGGAUUUAAUGUAUCAAUGCUCACAACAGCUGGCACUAUAGCAAACACAGGGCCACCACCUGUGUGUACAAUGAAGAUAAUUACCAAUGCUGGACAAGAAAUUAGGUCAGCUGAAAUAGGUGAAAACUUGCAGCUUCACGUGGAGGUGACACCAUCCAAUAUAUAUGGUGGUUUUGCACGAAGCUGUAUCGCAAAAACUGUUGAAAACAAUGUAGAAAAUGAAUAUAUGGUUACUGAUGAAAAUGGCUGUGCCACAGAUCCAACGAUAUUUGGAGAAUGGAAAUACAAUGCUGAAACAAAGUCUCUAGUGGCUAGUUUCAAUGCAUUCAAAUUUCCUAGCAGUGACAACAUCAAAUUUCAGUGCAACAUCAGAGUUUGCUUUGGAAAAUGUCAGCCGGUAAAUUGUAGAGACACUAAUGCAUUUGGCCGACGGAAACGAGAAAUUGAAGCACCAGAGAAUGACACUAAUGUAGCUAUUGCGGAGUCAAUGUAUGAAGGGCAGCUCAGAGAAGAGAUAACAAUACAGUCCAAUGCAAUACUGACAUUCGAACGAAGGGAGGAAAGAUACACAGCCUCAACUGAUGCACCAGAGACACAGAAACCUGAAGACAUAUGUGUAUCAAUGGUUGGAUUCAUAAUUGCUCUUGUGAUAACUGCUCUCCUUGCAUUAGUAGCUGUGGCAGUAGCAGUAUCGUGUUGGCUUGUAGCUUACCGUCGAAGACCAAAGCUGGCUGGGCCAUUGCCUCAUCCUCCUGAAUUCCCAAAUCCACUUUUUACAACACCAGAACCAGUUGCCGAACCCUCGCCUGAUUAUCUUACGUGAUUUGUGAUAUUUUACUCAAGUAAAACAUGUGGGACCUGAAUCAAUCAUUCUGGUGCUCAGUUUGUGACUGACAUAAAGAAACUAGUUCCUCCUUCAUACAAUGGUUAGCUUCAAUUAUUAAUGGACUAUUUUCAGAAUGUAUAGUAUGUAUCUUGUGUUUCUAAGGAGGAAAAGUGAAAAUGCAAUUGAGAUCAUAUUGUAGUCAUAAUCUAAAGAUCUAAAAUGCAUUUUCCACAAUGUAGUCACCUCCUCCAAUGGCUUUGUGUAAAUGACACGAAAUAGGGUUUGUUCCACAUAGCAGUGGUGGUGGUUUAUUUUAUAGUAGUUCAUACUGAAAAUCUUGGUAUUGCAAGACUUAAAACAUACUGUCAGACUUAAACUUGUUAUGAUUUUGGUCAUUAAUGUAGGAUUGCCUCCACUUUUAUGCUAUUGGUUUUAUUAUUUUACAUCUUGUACCCCUAAGCUAGAUUUCUUUGCUGCAUUGUGAGCUUGACUGAAUUAGCCAUUGGAGGAUUUGAGUAGUUACAAUGAUAUAAAUAAUAAAUGUGAAUAAUGUUGAUAUGUAUUUUGUGUGUUAUGUUGUUGUUUGUGUCAGAUACUUUUCUGUUACUUGUGCUAAUAUUCUACAAUUCCAUGUCACAAUUUAUCAUUAACUCAUCAUAAAAAACAGUAUGGUAAACCUGCCUGCCAGUUUUGCAAUCAUCAUUACACACCUUCACAAAUAAAGAAGUAUGAUGUUUUGAAUGUCAAAUAAUUUUCCAAAUAAUAUUUAUUAAUUUAUCUGCUGUAACUUGAAGAAAAGAUUUGGACCUCUCUAAAGCCAUGAAUAACAAGUCUUCCAUUUGCAAUUAGAUUGCAGCAGAACUGACAAUUUAGCCUACACUCUAUUUUCAUCACAUCUUCAUUUAAAUAUUUAUUAAAUGUUUGUCCCAUAAAAGACUGCCAUUUUGCUACAGUAGCUGUAGAUAUGCAUGAGUUGGUCACAUUUGCCUCAUGUAUUGUACAGAAGAAUUCUCAUCCUAUGCUGUGCAUACCACCUUGUCUGAAAAUAAAUUUCUGUAUAUAAUGCCAAAAUUGCAGAAUUUUCAGUGGUUUCAUUUGUGUUACAUCAGCAAGCUGCUGUUUAUUCUGCAAGAACAAAGUUUCUAACAUAGGCACAUUCUGCAGUGUAAUUUAUGUGUUUCUACCAGAUUGUACUAAUGUGCUUCUGUUAGUUAUUUUGAAGGGAUACUGUUUUUUUCCUUUUGAAUAUUAGGAAUCUCUUCAUUCAAAAUUUUUUUCGGUGAAGGGUAAAGGUGGUAUGCUGUGCCAUUUAUGAUAAUUGUAUUAAUCAAAUUAAGCAGUUGCUUUAAUUUAACUUCUGAAAUACUCUUUGUUUCCAGAGGCCUGAAAUAAUUCUUAACAGUGAGUGAGUCUUGUAAUUGUGAUAAAUGUCUAAUAAAGAUGUUGUUAUAAUUAAA